GGGGGCUUCAGAAGAGUAAAGGUGAGGAAGUAUUGGUUGGUUUUCUUACCCCAAUUUUGAUUGGUAGGUUAAUAUCACCAGGGUGAAAACACGUGGCAUGUUUACAGAAGAAAUCCCACGAGUUCAUUGGCAGCCAUAACUGACACAGACAGAUCCACAGCAAAACACGAUCAGCCUUCAUGAUGUUCCCAUUGAGACACCUUUUGAAAAAGGUACAACACAUAUAACAAUACGCGACUUACCCUCUGCUCUGUGAAGUCAGGGAAACAGAAAGGAUGGCCAAUGGCGAUGACUGCCACAACAGGCUCAAAUCAAAAUGUCCUUUCAUCUGUUUUGAAUCUGACACUUUUGACAUUAUUUAAUGUUGGCUUUUCCCGCUAUCAAAAGUUCCCAAUCCACCUUCUUAAUGUCAUUUGCUGCUUUGUGUGCUCUUUGAUCAUAUCUCCUCCUCCUCUCCUCCCUCCGUCUAAAGCAAACUAUUCCAAUCUGUUUGUUCUGUCACCAUGCAAAACCCUUUUAUCCAUGGCCUUCAUAAUUGAUUGUUGUUUUUUUCAUUGAAACUCCUGCAGCAGUAUGCUUGUCGGCAAUGGACAGGGGAAAAAAACCAGACUUUUAAAUUCUGCAGAGCAUUGAAAGAUAAACUCAGAACUGUGAGUCUGGUGUGGAGCUUCAGACUGCAGUUUUGAGAGCGCACAGGAAGUGAGAACAGACCUGAGAGGCCUCUCAGAAAAUGGAAGACCCUUUUGAGUAUGCUUUCAUUCCAGGUAAAGCAAUCAUAGAGGGCCUUUCAGAUUAUGUUAGAUUACGGUUCCCAUCAGCUCCACCUUUCUCUUUUUCUCUCUUUCCCUUUCCAGUAGCCUGCCAUAGGAGGCACAGGCUGCUCUUGCCUCAAGUCUGAACUGAUCACGUGUAGAAGGCUUUUUAAAUUAAGCCGCAGGCUACAGAAAAUUAGGCUGACGGUUGCAGAAGGCCCUAGAGCCACAGGCUGUCCAGCUCUGCUUCAUAUAGCGGUCUAGCUGUUAAACUGAAAGCAGGGUACCACUUCCAACCUGCACAUCCCAUGCAAAUUUUUGCCUGCCACCUGCACAGCACAGUCAGCUUCUCAAAAAGAAAAAGAAAAAUCAAAAUAAGCUGAUAUACUCAACCCUGUGGUCUUUAGGGGUGUCUUGUGAUGGAUUAGAUACAGAUGUGUAAGAAGUAAUUAAUUUAGAAAGGUGGAGGCCACAAUUGGGAGGAGGGAUCCUAUUCUGAUCUGACAUGUCUAGAGCCACACAGUUGGAUUUGGGUUUCACUGGACCAAGGCCAAGACUCAGUUCCAAUUGACUAUUUCAGAGAAAGAGAUGCUGUGGCUGAAUGUUUGUGGAUUUGAAUGUGCGUGCAUUUCUUUCCCGUGUUUUUCUUUCAGCUCUGUGAUUAAUACACCCAUAUGUAAGUAUUUCUUACAUGUGAAGGUUGUGAUCUUCUGGAAGGAAGCACCGUAGUUUAAUCUAACCUUGGGUUAUGACAUGCCGUUAAAUCCAGAGCUAUCAUUCAUAGAAUCACAGAACUGGAGAGUUGAAGGGACUGUGAGGGUCAUCUGGUCCAACCCCCUGCCAUGCAAGAAUCUUUUUGCCCAACGUGAGGCUUGAACUCAUGACUUUGAGAUUAAGAGUCUCGCGCUCUACCAACUGAGCAUUGCUUAACUAGAAUAAGGGAUUGCUUAAAGGAGUAAAACACGGACUUGUUACAGUUUUUAUUAGCAUAAGAUUGCCAGGAUUGAAAUAACUAGUAAAUGGGAAAGUAUGGACAGGAGUCAUAUUUGAUUCCAAAAAAUUUAAAAAUAAUAAAAAUGAUUCAAUUAUGUACAAAAGAAAUUGACAAAUUUAAUUAGAUUUAGAGAAGUAUGAAAGAUACAUUAUCUAAUCCAUAUGAAAUGGUCUCUGUUUACUUUUAUAUUAGCAUCCAUAUGGUAAGAACUGGAAUGCUCAGUCCAGGGCAAAGAGCAGAAAGAGCUGCAUGCUUAUAACCUCAGUAAGAUACUUGCAUACUCUCCAAGUGUCCCGACUUUCCAGGAACAGUCCUGGAAUUAUGAAAGCUAUCCCAGCUUCUGAUUUGAUCCCGAAAUGUCCCUAUGUCCCCUGCCAGUGCUGCCACUACUAACCUCGGGGUGGGGGAGGAGCUUGUUCUGAGCGGCAGCUGCGACUGCGAGGAAGCAUCCCAUUGCCUCUCCAUGGCUGCCGCUGCUGGCCUCCUCCCUUGGGCAGUUCAUAGCAGCUGCUGGAGAGUGGGCAAGGAGGAAGAGAGGUUCCUGCCACCAAGACCCAGCCCUAUGUGAUACGCUGGCUCUGAGGGGCAGGAAGAAAGGGGUAGCAGAGUGCAAGGGGUCUUGGUUAUGGGGAAAAAAUAAUACUUUGUUCAUCUGUGUCUAAUCUUGCCCUUUUCUACAAUUUAUUUCUUGGUGUGUGUUUUUCCUUUUUGUAUUUUUACCAAAGAAUUAAAUAGAAUAAGUUUGGGAUUAAGAGGUUUUCUCAGGCCGUGUCCUGAGUGGUUGUGGUUGUGGCACUUACCCUUCUUUCGAUAGGAGAUGCUCUGUGGAGGGGGGAAGCAAAAAAUGGGGAGUCAAGGAGGGUUAGUUGGAGGGGGGAUGAGAAAUGUCCCUAUUUUCACCUGAGGAAUUUUGGAGGGUAUGUUCAGCAGUGUAGCAUGGGUUGCUGGUGCCCGGGGCAGGCAAGCUGCUGACAUGACUGGAGUGCUCCACCACCACAAGAGCCAAGUGGGGCCAUGUUACACCGCCUGCCUGCGCAGGGGGGAGCCUGGCCAGCUGACACAGCCCUUGGUGGGCAAAUCCCCCCCCCAUGCCCACAAAGAGGAGCACUGUUCCAUGCUAUGCUGGGGUUGCUCCUUACCCACCUACCUCUGUAUACGCUUGUUCACUGUGGGCCUGGGCUGUUCUGCCACCUUUGCCAGGGUGGGGCAGGCAUCCCCAUGGAAGCUGGCUCCUGCAUGGGGGUGCCUGGUUGCACAACCUCAGAAUUUUGUGCUCGAGGCCAUUGCUCCCUGGCCCCCCACACAAAUAGCAUCAGUCUACUUCUUGGAGGCAGAAAGAAUUGGGAGGAAUGAUUAGUGCUGCUUCCCCAUUCUCUCCUCUAAAAGCUGGUUGAAGCUACGAUUAAUUUUAUAACUGGGUUUCUAUAUGCAUAGCCCCAACAGCCAGACAGGGCUGAGGAUGACCUACACAUGUGGUUUUUCAUUUACGGUAUCUGAGGAACAGGCUCAGCAUAGUUGAAUCAGGGGCAUGGGUUUAAAUUUAGAUACCAUUUUGUUACAUUGGUGAACUUUAUAGCUUUGUGUCAACUGACCAAUAAUUAUACUACUUAGAGGUUUCUUAAAAGGUGUUUAAAAAGUGUACUCUCAGACUACGCAAAUGCACUUCCCUGAGGAUAGCGAUAACUACUUAAUGCGACCAAAUCUUUUUUCCUCCUUUUAUUGAUGAUGCUUUCUUUAAUGUACUUAUUCACAGAAAACCACAUGCAGGGGAGAAAAUAUAUGGUUUCCCCCCACAAUAUCUGUUAAUAUAGAGAGAAAAUUAUAUAUAUUACUACCCUGGGUCUUUUGUGCACUUUUAAACAAAAUACUGAGACUUUAAUCUUUCCAAAAUCAACUGAGCUUAAUAUUCAUCAAUCAUCCCUGCUAAAGAAUAGCAUUUGUUUCACACAAGAGGAGUCAUUAAAACUUGCAAUUAAUUGCCCGUGACCCAAAUUCCUACUGUGUCCCAGCUGGCAUGAAAAACACCACAGUUUGCAAACAAUCUUUUCCCUUUCUUUAACCUUUGGCACACAAAACGUAUUACCCAAGUGUUAUUAAUUAAACCAGGUCAGCAACGCCAGAGCACUGCCCGCUGUUCAUCGCAGUGGGGAAGAGUGAUCCAUAGCAUUCUUAAUCCGCAGCUCCGAAGUGCGCGAGCUUAGAAAAUUUACACCCGAGCCUCUCAAAGCAUAGUUAAUUUGUUCACAUUUUCCUAAGAUCAAUUAACAGCAGGGAGGCAUUUUAAUGAAAUAAAGUUGUGAUUCCCACAGGGACUAUUUGGAAAGAACAUUACAAAGCAGCGUGUGCGUUACGCUUUUACAUUAAGACAUGAUUAAUAACACCGCUGUUAAGCUCCACAUCAGCUUACAUAUAGCGCGGAGUUAAUAGAUGCCGCUAAUUAAGUAAUCAUAUUCUUUAGCAUAUACCCCCGCCAAAAUGUCUUCCUCCCAUCGCUUAAGUUCGUCCUUCAGGACCAGUAGAAGUGGGCAUCAGUAAAAGAAGCCAUUAGGUUUUCUUCUGUGUUGUGGUUUCCCAAUAAAAGCUAAGAUCCCCUCAGAACAUUAAAGAAGCGUUAAUCGAUGGAGGCAGUUCUUCGCUGAAACAUCCAAAGGCAACACAAAGCAUCUAUAAAGGAAUGAAUCCAAGACACUCCAGAAUGGGGGACCAAUGAGCCACACAACCACAUACCUCUGUAUUUGGUGCUUGAGACUCUCACUAGGUGAAGCCCCCUCUACAAACUACACCCCUUAUUCAUCCUGCUCUGCACCCUUCUUAGCUGCUUUCGUCUGGCUGGAACAUGUCUUUGGGAUAAUGCUUUCCUGGAUGGAAUAUACAGAGCUGUGCACACAGAAACCUCUGAAUUUCAUGUGGGCAGAAGGUAAUAAAAGGUAAAGGGACCCCUAACCAUUAGAUCCAGUCGCGGAUGACUUUGGGAUUGCGGCGAUCAUCUCGCUUUAUUGGCCAAGGGAGCCAGCGUACAGCUUCCAGGUCAUGUGGCCAGCAUGACUAAGCCGCUUCUGGCGCACCAGAGCAGCGCACGGAAACGCCGUUUACCUUCCCACCGGAGCGGUAGCUAUUUAUCUACUUGCACUUUGACGUGCUUUUGAACUGCUAGGAUGGCAGGAGCAGGGACCGAGCAACGGGAGCUCACCCUCUCGCGGGGAUUUGAACUGCCGACCUUCUGAUCGGCAAGUCCUAGGCUCUGUGGUUUAACCCACAGCGCCACCCGUGGAAGGUAGUGGAAGGUAGACCACUAUAAAAAGGUAAGAGCAGCACCUAUUGGUUCCACCUACUUUUUUGCCUCUGGCCCUGCCGACCACUGACAUGUGCCCCCUCUCUCUAGGAUACUGGCCACAAGGGAAUUUGGACCUCUGGCUGAAAUACAUUCUCCACCCCUAAAUAAAUUAUAUUUAGGGAAGAUUUAACCUAGAACAUAUUGGCCCAGUAUAAAACUUGAAUAAUAAUAAUAAUAAAUUUAUUAUUUAUACCCCCACCCAUCUGGCUGAGUUCCCCAGCCAUUCUGGGUGGCUCACAAUCAAGUGUUAAAAACUUGAAAAACUUAAUAAUGCAAUACAAUAUUACCUAAUGAGAACCUGUGAUCACAUACGAGCUGCAUGAUUCUGUGGGUCAGGAGGAUUAGAGAUUGAAGUGUAUAAUAAUAAUAAUAAUAAUAAUAAUAAUAAUAAUAUCCUGCCCAUCUGGCUGGGUUGCUCGCUGGCAUCCCCCAUGCUACACCCCUGAUCAGAGUUCCCUGGAAAGAGGGAUUGAUUGUUAAACUACUGUAAUAAUUUUAGCUCAGUGUGUGUGUGGGGGGGGGAAUAGAGGUUUCUCAACAACAGGCAUAGGCAAACUCGGCCCUCCGGAUGUUUAGGGACUACAGCUCCCAUUAUCCCUGACCACUGAUCCUGUUAGCUAGGGGUGAUGGGAGUUGUAGUCCCAAAACAUCUGGAGGGCUGAGUUUGCCUAUGUCUGCUCAACAACUUUCAGCACCCUUAACAAGCUAUAGUUCCCAGGAUUCUUUGGGGGAAGCCAUAACUGUUUGAUGCUGCUUUAAGUGUAUAGUGCAAUUCGGGCCUCACCUUCAGCCAAGACCUGAUGGAGGCUUGGAGAACAGCAGGAAGCACAGUCCUGCAACCUUAGGAGAAACCUGAAUCUUGUGUCUCUGGUGCAGGUUUUGAUCAGCCAAAAUGCACUGAGCACUUUUCUCCACUUAGACUAUAGUUACGGACAGAGAUAUCUUUCAGCACCUUUCUGAGGUUUUGCCUGUUCUUCUGUUCCCUCUGAUGGGACGCGGGUGGCGCUGUGGGUAAAACCUCAGCACCUAGAGCUUGCCGAUCGCAUGGUCGGCGGUUCGAAUCCCUGCGGCGGGGUGAGCUCCCGUCUUUCGGUCCCAGCUCCUGCCCACCUAGCAGUUCGAAAGCACUCCUAAGUGCAAGUAGAUAAAUAGGUACCGCUUUAUAGCGGGAAGGUAAACGGCGUUUCCGUGUGCUGCGCUGGUGCUGGCUCGCCAGAGCAGCAUCGUCACGCUGGCCACGUGACCCGGAAGUGUCUCCAGACAGCGCUGGCCCUCGGCCUCUUAAGUGAGAUGGGCGCACAACCCUAGAGUCGGACACGACUGGCCCGUACGGGCAGGGGUACCUUUACCUUUACCUGUUCCCUCUGGUCUUUUGGUGCUACCUCCUUUAUAUCCCUUUCUUGAUUCAGUAUAAGGGAGCUUCAUGUGUUAUUAAAUUAAUUGUUCAAUUCUGAAAGAGUUUUCAAUGCGGUUUAUGAUAAGUUAAAGUCUAAUAUAUACAGCCCCAACUAGAUUGUAUGUAUUAUGCAUUUCAUGCAUUAUGCAUCUAAUCAUCUAAUGACCUCUUAAGUAAGGUGGCCUAUGCUCAGUCAGAUAUGCACCUUAAUUUAAAUUCAGUGCCACGUUAAGGUAACAGAAUGGGCAAGGGGUGCAGAACUUAAUGUCAAAGAGAGCAAACAGGUCAUCUGUGCCACCACAUCUACAGGCAACCCAGCCUACCAACUGGGCUCCUAACACCUGUGGAUUUUUCUGUGGUGAUUCAUACAGUCAUGUGUCUUUUUAGACCAUAAAUACCAUGGUUGACCAUAAAUACCAUGGUUGACCAUAAAUACCAUGGUUAACCAUGGUUUAACUGUUAAUUUGUGAAUGCUUCACCCCUCCCCUGCUCCUGCUGCUGCAUUAUGUCCUAAUUCUGGCCCCUGGCUUAUUUCUGUCACCUACAAACUACAAGCUGUAACCAAGCUUAGAGCACUGGCUCAUCACUCAUGGUUUGUUUGGGGGUGGGGAAAUGAACCAUGAGUCUUGGUUUGGACUUAAUGCUGUGUCAGACCAUGGUUUGGUCCCUAGCAGUGCAGUGACAGAAGAAACAGGGGAGGAGUAAAGCACCUGCUCUUUCAGCACCACACACUGGCACACUGUACGUUCAUAAAUCUUGGUUGCAAUCCAAAAGGUAUGGUUUAGCUAGGGAAAGUUAGAAUGGAGGUGUCUGAGAAAGGUGUGCCCUUUGUUGGGUCAGAGAGAGAGAGAGAGAGAAGGUAUAUUCUGUGCUAAUCGGAGAUCACCUUUCUUGACUUGGCUCCAUGUUUGUUUGUUUUAGUAGGGAAGGGUGGCUGUCCUGUGGCGACCUUUCCUCUCUGCCAUUAUAUCACCAUCCCUUCCACCUGCCUCUUGUUCACUUCAGAGGGCCAGUGUGGUGCAGUGGUUAAGAGCGGUAGACUCAUAAUCUGGUGAACCGGGUUCGCUUCCCCGCUCCUCCACAUGCAGCUGCUGGGUGACCUUGUGCUAGUCACACUUCUUUGAAGUCUCUCAGCCCCCCUCACCUCACAGAGUGUUUGUUGUGGGGGAGGAAAGGAAAGGAGAAUGUUAGCCGCUUUGAGACUCCUUUGGGUAGUGAUAAAGCAGGAUAUCAAAUCCAAACUCUUCUUCUUCUUCUUCAAGUCUAGCUGAGCAUGCCCCAGGAAUGUUUCAGGGAUUCAGCCUUUACAAAUUCCUGAAUGAAACGUCCACACCUCUCUGACUAAUGUGUCACUCGGAACCCAACAUCUUUUCAACCUUAUUCAGAUAUUGUGAAACUGCUCUUUGUGGUUCAAACCUGUCAAACUAAAUGUUUAAAAAGGAUCUUGAGAGAAGCUGGGGCAUUUAAAAUAUCAGAAAUCAGGAAUUCCUUAUUUUAAUAAGGAAUGGGGAAAAUUUAUAAAUUAUCUUAAAGACCAUUGUAAACUGUUAAAAUCGUUAGUAGGAUUGGAAUAUCACUUGUAGUUUAAAGGUGAAUUUUGGAUACAAUGGAGAGAUUAAAGAUUUGGAUUAUUAUAAAAGAUACAGGAGGAAAUGAUUAACAAUAAGACCCACAAAGGGGAGGAGGGAAGUCCAAGAGAUUCCUUGGAAUCUCGUUUUUAUGUUGUAUGUUGAGCAUGUGUCUGUAAAAUUUCAAUCUGAAAAACCAAAUAAAUUAAUUGAUUUUUAAAAAUAAAACAAAAUAUGUAGAUUUAAAUAUGAAGAAAGCACUCUGUUUGCAGUUGCUCAUCUCUGGGAUGAGAUUUUUAAAUGGCACUGCUACAGACAUGCAAGGCUGGCUCUAGACAUUUUGCCACCUAAGGCAGAGGAGCAAAUGGCACCCCCUCCUCCAUCAGAAUGCAUGGAACUAAAGACUGAGCAUAUUAUUUUGGCACCUGAGGCAGAAAAUCUCACAAAUGCCUCAUCCCUUUUUAAUCAAUAAAUUAAAUAACUAGCAACAUCCUGUUUUACAGCGACACAUAAAAUCAGCUGCCAGAGGCAGCCAAUACAUUCGACCUAAUAGUGGGCACAUAAACUUUUGUCUCCUUCUUAGAUAACCAUGGAUAAGACUGUGGGUGUCAGUGAGCAUACGUGUUUCCCCACCCCAUCAUGUCACACAGGUAUUUCAAAACAAACUAGGGUUAGUACUACAUGUGCCACUGUGUUUUCACCAAGCAUACUUGGGAUUGGAUGAAAGGCUGCUAUCAUGGUUUGAAAUGGGUUUGCAUAUUGUGCCUUGCUUGGGGGUUAAUUGGCCCACAUGUUAUAGUAAUCGUAGUUAGCUCCAGAACUGAAAAAGAGGGAGAAAUGCCCACACAAUUUAUUCAUUGCAUGAUUUCUGUGCCACAUCUUCAGCGGCCAUUUUGUGUUCCCAGGGAGGCUCUGUUCCCAUGGGAUACUCCCCAUCCCUUAACCAUGGAUGGUUAAGCAACUGAGCAAUGUUAUGUCUGCACCAGGCCAUUAAAGCCAGGGGAGAGCAUCUCAUUGACUGUGGUGAAUAAAAGCAGCAGUCAAAUGUAAUGGUGGCUACAGUAAAAUACCCUGUUGGCAAGGUGACAGGAAGAAAAAAGUAUGACAAUUUGGUUCACGUAAACAGUGGGUGGCGCUGUGGUCUAAAACACUGAGCCUAGGGCUUGCUGAUCAGAAGGUCGGCAGUUCGAAUCCCCGGGACGGGGUGAGCUCCCAUUGUUCGGUCCCAGCUCCUGCCAACCUAGCAGUUCUAAAGCAUGUCAAAGUGCAAGUACAGUGGUACCUCGAGUUACAGACGCUUCAGGUUACAUACACUUCAGGUUACAGACUCUGCUAACCCAGAAAUAGUACCUCGGGUUAAGAACUUUGCUUCAGGAUGAGAACAGAAAUCGUGUUCCGGUGGCGUGGCAGCAGCGGGAGGCCCCAUUAGCUAAAGUGGUGCUUCAGGUUAAGAACAGUUUCAGGUUAAGAACAGACCUCUGGAACGAAUUAAGUUCUUAACCCGAGGUACCACUGUAGAUAAAUAGGUACUGCUCUGGCAGGAAUGUAAACGGUUUUUCCUUGAGCUGCUCUGGUUUUGCUAGAAGCAGCUUAGUCAUGCUGGCCACAUGACCCAGAAAAACUGUCUGGGGACAAACGUCGGCUCCCUUGGCCAGUAAAGUGAGAUGAGCGCUGCAACCCCAGAGUCAUUCACAACUGGACUUAACUGUCAGGGCUGCUUUACCUUUUUAAAGUUAAAUAACAAAUAGCAGAAUGUUUUGAAAUUGGAAGCCAGAUCCUUCUUUUUGUCGGGAUGAUGGAAUGUAGUUCUGGGAAGAUUCAUGGCCUAAGAAGUGCUUUUUCUUUAAACCUUAACUGUACUGUCUUUUCAUCCAUUGAAUGAUGACUGGGUCAUGCUUUGAAACACAUUCUCCCUUUUGCAGUAUGGUCAACUGACAGAAGCUUGGCUUCGUUCAAGAAAUCCUGAUAUCAAGAUUUAGUUUCGGAGAUGUAGUAUUUUUCUCUCUGAUACCUCAGAUAUGUUCUUGUGUGGUUAGACCUGUUUUACCUAUUUUUGAUACUGCGUUUUUAAAUUGUUGUAAACCACCCAGGAGUGGUGUUGUGAAGGGUGGCAGGGAAUCUAACUUAUAAGAAUGAAAAUAAUAGUAUAAACAUCACUUGUUAAUAAAUAUGCAAUAAAACAAAACAAUCCACCAACGAAUAUGGCAAUGGCAGUAUUGUUAUUUUUAUCAUUAUCGUCAUCUUUCUCAUCAUCAGUGGAUGGCUUCAUUCUAUUGUACAUUUAUUAAGAGAUGUUGUCAUUCACCUAUGGUUUAUAUGACUUUUUGUUAUGUUAGUGAAUUAUCAGAUAUAAACAUUUAUUGUGAGUCAAAUAGAGCAGGGUUUACCAAGGGAAAAUAGCAUCCCCCUCCAGAACCCAACUGUCACAUUGCACAAAUACACACACGCACACACACACACAAAAAAACAAAACAGGUGUUCUACCUGUCACAUUCCACCCUCAGCCAAUCAGCGUACAACACAUAUGACACACAGCAACAUUCCAUCCUUCUCUCACUCUCCACUUUGCACUCAUGUCAGUGACACAUUUCCAAAUGGGGUAGUCUGUUAUCACGGUGCCUAAACAAGCAAUCUAACUUAAUCAUAUGAACAGAAGUUUACAAAUGUUACCGGGAGUGGUACAGGGAAUGCCUGCAGAAUAUCUUAUCCAGCAUAUUCUCAAGAUCCCUCUAAAAGGAGCACAAACACAAAGGGUUGUAUCCAACACUACAAAAGCAGAAUUCUAUUUAUGUAAUGGGACUUCUCCUCCCCUCACACCCCAAAAAUCUGCUCUAGAGGGUCCCCCAGUUCUUAGUUUUGAGGGUGCAAUAGGGGGCUAGAGGGGAAAGGAGAGAAUGAGGAAGUUGUACACAUAGAAGUUUGCUGAGUGAGUGGAGUUGCAACAUUGGAUAUAUACAAGAGUUUUCCAUUUUUCUAUUCCUCAUUGGGCUGUUCUUUAUUUUUAAGGUGUGUGGGGUUUUUUAAUGUAGCAUCGUAUGCACCCCAACCUCCAAGCCAUAAGAGACGCCAGGGGUACCAGCGCUUACCCAGGGUUCACAUUUCUUGGAAUGAAGGUCAUUGGAGACUGUGGUGUCUUUUGGAUAUAGGGCUUUAUGCACACAUAUGUUCAACCACAGCACAGGAUGGAAGGGCUCACAGCAUUAACACUCCAACAGCUUUUGCUUCCCAUUAGGUUUCUAAUGGGGGUGGUCCUUCAGUCGCUUUGGAUUCAAGCCUCGGUGUCCCCUUCCAGCUUCAUCCCAUACUAAAAACCAAGACUAGCUCUACCUACCUACAAGAUGAUGUUGUCUCCAGUCACCAGCCAGUUGUUCCCAUGGCAACACAUCUGUACUUGGUUGUCAGGAUGCUGUCAGAGGCUCCCACCUGGUUGCCCAGGAAAUUAAAAAGACAAAAGUUUCUUACAGUCCUUUUUUAUUUCAAUAUUUACAGAGGGAGGCUAUAGAACUCAGCCUCUUGGAUAAUGGUGUUGUCCCAAGUGAAUCCCACCCCCCGCCUCUCCCACUUCUUCAUUCGUCUCCUCUACGGGUGCUGCUAUAUGCCCUCUGUCUUCAAGCUCUUUGCUGUCCUACUUUUAAUGCUCACUGGGUUCUGGGAGAUGGAGGAUCCGGAAUGCUUUCUAAUGACAAUGUAUCAGUCAGGUGUUGCUCUGGCUCUCCCAUGAUUUCCCAGCUUUCCCCCUCAUCUGCCUCUGAGCUGCAACCUCCCUCAAACCCUGUUAUAAAUCUAUACUGCCUUCCUCUUCCUCCUCCCUGGAAGGGUCAGGAUGGGGAGGCGGUCUUCACCAUUCCUCCUCUGCCCAGCCCCUGACAUCGGCCAACCUUUUAGACAUGUACAUAGGGUGCUUAACAGGCCCAGCUGGGUCCAUUAAUUUAACAAAGAAAGUGAUCUGACCAUUUCAGCAGGUCCUUUUACUGCACACUACAAUUUUACAGAUACUAAAUCACAGGCUUGGCUGGAAGCUAUGUUGUUGUUUAGUCAUUUAGUCAUGUCCGACUCUUCGUGACCCCAUGGACCAGAGCACGCCAGGCACUCCUGUCUUCCACUGCCUCCCGCAGUUUGGUCAAACUCAUGCUGGUAUCUUCGAGAACACUAUCCAACCAUCUCGUCCUCUGUUGUCCCCUUCUUCUUGUGCCCUCAAUCUUUCCCAACAUCAGGGUCUUUUCCAGGGAGUCUUCUCUUCUCAUGAAGUGGCCAAAGUAUUGGAGCCUCAGCUUCACGAUCUGUCCUUCCAGUGAGCACUCAGGGCUGAUUUCCUUCAGAAUGGAUAGGUUUGAUCUUCUUGCAGUCCAUGGCACUCUCAAGAGUCUCCUCCAGAACCAUAAUUCAAAAGCAUCAAUUCUUCGGUGAUCAGCCUUCUUUAUGGUCCAGCUCUCACUUCCAUACAUCACUACUGGGAAAACUACUGGCUGGAAGCUAUAGGCAUCAUACAAAUCAACCCCUCAAUCCUAUGACAGUACUUUUGCAAACCUUGGUGAUCCCCCAGGCAUGCUGAUUCCUUCCCCUUGCUUUUUGCUGGCACCAUUUCCAUCUGCCCGCCCCACCUGAGUUCACUGCUAAAGGGAGUGAUGAAUACACGCUUAUUUUUCAGUAGCUUCACAUGCUUAGGAUCAUAGCCUCAUAAAUCAGAGCGGGUGGGUUAUACCCUAAUCUAAUAUUCAUGUUCAGGUCAUUCAUGCCCAUAAUAUCCACUUUAUUCUUUUUUGGCUUUUGAUUAACUUCAAAAAAAUUAAUAAAUGAUAAAGUAAGUCAAGAACAAUUCUGAGGAGACAAGGUUAAAUCAUAAACAUUCAGAUUUACAUAACUGUUGAAAUAUUUAAAACAUCAUUUCUAAUGAACUCAUGUCAGUGCAAUUAAGCACAAAGUCUCUGCAAAGAAUAAAUAUGGGUUUUUAUUAUUAUCAGCGCUGCUAAGCCUUUAGCACAUCUGUGGCUCCAUUUUGAAUUCCUUCCUUAUAAAAUUGUGGGAACCAACAUGCCUUCUGAUUAGCCCAUUUCCAUUAUAUACAUAUUCAACACAUAAUUAGAACAUUUCAAAACUAUUCUAUAGAACACACAAUAAAAGGCGAGCAAAAUUAGAAAUGGAACGUGCAUAUUAUGAGUUUUCAAAUGCCUUCUGCGUGAAACUAUCUACCAAUAUUAUUACAAGACAUUUUUCCUAGAAGUAAUUUCGUUGUACAAUGUACUGACAUGGGCAGUGAUCCUCAGCUCCCGUGGUGAAAUGUGGAUCUUCAGACCUCCCAGUUUGUCCCUCAGGUCCCUCACUAAACCUCACUCCCUUCCCAGGCUGUACUAGGCCUCUCCAGGCCACAUUUGUCCAUGCUCUCCUUGAGUGCUGUUGCUUGAUGAAAAGUGACUUGAAAGAUGGAGAGAAGUUUGCAUGUAUGUUGUGUGUGAGAUAAACAAAUGGUAAGAUGAGGUGCCAGGACUCAUAAUGUGCUAAAACCAUGGGUGCCAGCACAAAAUGGCCGUCAGAAAAAAAAAGAGAGGUCAUGGUACUGUACCAUCUCUCUCACACACAAAGAUUUGUUUGUGGCUGGAAUGUGUAAAGGUAAGAAUCAUAGCAAUUACAUACCCUCCAACAUUUCUUCAAUGAAAAUAGAGACAUCCUAUUCCAUCAUCACCAUUUUAUUAUUUAUACCCUACCCAUCUGACUCUGGAUAGCUUCCAACCUAUAUAAAAACAUUUUUUAAAAUGUUAAACAUAAAAAAAAACAUUCCUAUACAGGGCAGCCUUCAGGUGUCUUCUAAAGAUUGUAUAGUUAGUUAUCUUUUUGGAUUAGGGGUAGCAUAACUCCAUACCCUCCAACAUUUAUCCGAUGAAAAUAGGGACGGCCUAAGGAAAAGUGGAACAUUCCGGGAUCAAAUCAGAAACAGGGGUGGCUUCUGUAAAUCCGGGGAUGUCCUUGGAAAACAGGGACACUUGGAGGGUCUGCAGUUAUUCCACCCACUUUUGCCUGUGGCCUUAUCUAACACUGCCCUGUGGCCCUGGUUGGUUCCCCACAAGGGAACACAGCUUUCAAACUGGAACAAAAUCUCCCGCUCCUCCUUCAGAACCUAUAAAAUGGAACCUCAUUUUUAUACCUUUAAAAUAAUGUUUAUCAUUUAAAAUAAUUCAUUUCAUUCCACCGUACAUGCUUAUAAGGGUUGCUGCUAAAAUUGGACAAAAUAUAUAACCUACAUACAGCAGUAAGAUGAAUUGCCUAAUUCAGGAAGGGACCUCUGCGCCUGAAUAGAUGUGAAAUGCUGGGAAAUUGUCAAAAAGAAGGAGCAUAGCACCACUAAAUUGCCGUAGAUCAGUUCGUGAGUAUCAAUAUUUUUACGAGUGUAUUUUAAUAACUUGAAGGCACUGAGGUAUCGGUGUUGCCAAAAGCAUUUGUGAAAAACUGCGAACAGUUUCAGGAUCAUGCUUAUUUUAUUAUUUAUUCCUUAAACUUCUUUUUAACCUGCCUUUCAGGAGACAAAUAGCUCCAUGGUGCCUUACAUGAAACACUAAACCACAUUUUCUAAACUCUUCCCACAUAAAUAAAGCCACCAGGAUCCUUUACACAAGGCAGUUGGUGGAAUAAUAACCCUCUGGUGGGGAAGGGAUAGUCCCAGUAGCGCAGACUUUGAGGUGGUCUCUUCUUGCCUCCCAUUUUCUGCUGGAAUCCAUCCCACAGGACAGUUGAUGGCACCUCCCCCUGUGGGUGGGAAGACAGAAAACUCUUGCAGGAACAGGCCCUGAGGAGGCUUUCCUCAAUGCUUUUUGACAUUCUUCCAGAGCUUCAGUACCUGCUCUGGAAAAUGGCAUAUAUUUAUUAAAAUACACUAAUUAAAAAUGGGAUGUGCUGAAACAAAAUAUUACUUAUUGGCAUUGAUACUUAUGAACUGAUUUAGUGGUGCCAUGUUCUUUCAGUGGGAACAGUGUUAAUGGAAUCCUUUGUUAAAAGAGUUUACUUGGAUCACAAGCCAUGAUUUACAUUGUUUAAAAUUGUGCAGGACAGCAGAUUUAAAUCUAAGAAAGCAUUAAGUGAGUCCCUGCUCCUUUUGCCAGCUUGUUUAAAUUACAUGCAUGGCAACAAUUUUCCAUCUCUUGUGUUAUUAUGUUGAAAUUCUCUUCCAAAACAAUUCUGCAUUUUCUCUAGAAACCUCAGCUGUGCUCAGUUCACUAUGAAGUGAGAUUCUCCUUGGUUUUCUGAUCAUGUAAGGAAGGGCUGUCUGUCAGCAACAAAUGCAAAUUUUGGAGUGAAGUUAAACAAGUAAGCAACCUAUUGAUUCCAUUGGCAGCCCUUGGUCUGACCUUCAAUACUAAAAACAAACAAACACUGAAAGCACCUUCUAAUGGACAAUAUGCACUGAAAUCUCAAAAGACAAUUAUAGACGUUUUGUGAGCAUGCUAUCUACCACAUGGCGAGGUUCAUUUACCCCAGGAAAGUGCAUGAACCUUAAUUGGCUGAAUUCUGCUAAUUGCCAUAGUUAAUAAAGCUAACAAUGUGGGCUUUUCUUUUGAUGCUGUGACUUCUUCAAGAAUGAAGCACUUACCUGUGUAAGUGGUAUUUAUAAGCCUGUAGUAGAAUGAACAUUUGCAUUAGUAAAAGGCAGAUGGUUGGGCAAAGCUCAGAGUAGGGAUGAGGGAGAGCUUUGCUUACUUCACUUUAAUGCAGACAUACUUAGUUCUUUAAUGAGUAUGUGAACUGAAAGUUCAGGUAUUAUUUGAAAUUUGCACUUUGCAUGAAUUUUGCAAUGCAGUUCUCCGACAAAAAAAAGUAUAUGAUAGGGGACAGUGUGCACAAAAUAUGCACAGAGAAAAUAACGUACACAAAUCCAUUAUAUUAGGGGAAAUUGUUUGUGAAAAUGCAUUUUUGGAGAAAUUCAAACAAACAUGUAUGUGAAUUUUUACGCAGACUAUGAAAAGUCAUUAAACAAUUCCACUACGUGAUCUAAAAAUGGAACAAACAGAAGACUAGAAAAGUGAGAAAUGGAGGGAAGCAAAAAAUGGACAGAUUUAUCCAUCCUUAGCCCAGAUCUCAGCAUUGCAAUGCCCUUCUUAAAACUGAUUGUAGGGCUUGCCACAUGUGAUCAAGACACACCAUAUAACAUGGGGAGGAGGGAAUUGACUGAAAUGGGCAGUAUUAUGUGUCUGGAGAACCUUUCCUACAAAGAUUGGCCAGAAACAUUUGAGGAUUUCUAAUUCAGAUGUAUAGGGUGUUUCAGUUUUUAAAAAGGCAAGGAAGAGGAUGAAAGUAGAGCCGUAUAAAGCAACUCCAAAAGUGGAUAAAUAAAUGCUUUCCUCCCUCUCAAAAUACUAGAAUCUAGACUUAUCCAAUGAAUCUGAAUGUUGGAAGUUUCAGGAAAGGCAAAGGAAAGUGCUUCUUCAAUUUUAUAGCUGAACUAUAAAAUUCAUUCCCACAAGAUGUAAGGAUGACCACCAAACUGAAUGGCUUUUGGAGGGAGUUAGACAAAUUAAGAGGAAAAGGCUAGCAAUAGCUUACAGUCAUGAUGGCUGUACAGUGGCACCUCGGGUUACAUACGCUUCAGGUUACAACUCCGCUAACCCAGAAAUAGUAGCUCGGGUUAAGAACUUUGCUUCAGGAUGAGAACAGAAAUCGUGCUCUGGCGGCGCGGCAGCAGCAGGAGGCCCCAUUAGCUAAAGUGGUGCUUCAGGUUAAGAACAGUUUCAGGUUAAGAACGGACCUCCGGAACAAAUUAAGUACUUAACCCGAGGUACCACUGUUUUACCUCCAACAUCCACAUGCCUCUGAAUACCAAUUCCUGGGGAUUUCAAGCAUGAAGGGUGCUGUUGCAUUCAUUUCUGCUGUUGAGCUACUGAUAGGCAUCUGCUUGGCUAUUGCAAGGUUCGAAUGCUAAAUCUGAUGGGCCUUGGGUAUGCUCUGGCAGGGCACGUCUUAUGUCCUUGAAUGUACUGAAUAAAAUCAAUGAACAAAAAGUUCCAAUUACUUAGAACAUUUACUGUUGACAAGACAACAGUGCUUGCUGGAAACAUUUUUUCAUCAUGAGAAUUAGCAGAGGUUCAUUGGGGAUUCAAGACCUCAAACGUAACAUGACUUGGCCAAUAGUGAAAUCCGCAAUUGGGGGGCGGGGGGGAGAAGAGAGAGCAUUUGUUUCAUUAAAACCUUCUUCCAAGUAAGGCUGAAACAAGGUAUUUUGGUCAAACACUAGUGUUUCCCAAACUUGGGUCUCCAGCUGGUUUUUUUGACUACAACUCCCAUCAUCCCUACUUAAGCAAAACCAGUGGUCAGGGAUGAUGGGAAUUGUAGUCCAAAAACAGCUGGAGACCCAAGUCUGGGAAACACUGGUCUGCACCAAAAGCAGCUGCUUCAUAUCUUCUCCUCUUCCCUCCCAGCCCCUCCAGUAUCAAGUACGGUAAUCUGACUCAGCUCCACUCCAUUGGCUACCAUGUGCAACAGUAUCCAAUGUUUCCAUCUAUUAGAUAUUACUGGGGAAGGAGGGAGAUAUUUUCAGCAGCGGCCUCACAAUCUCCUUAAUGUCUGUUCCAUCCAGUGCAUGCAUGGCACAGCAGCCUAAGCCAACUACAAAGCAAAUAUAUUUUAAAUUAUUUCCCUUGGGGGAUUUCUCUCUUUUUCUUUUUUGCAUUGCUCAUAUUUGCCCUUUAGACACUUGGAAGCUCUGCAAGCCAGCUUGUUGUGCUUUGUGUGCUCCUAAUGAUUAAGGCAGAAUAAAAAAAGCCUGCAGAUGGAACGUAGUUGGACCUGACAUUUCAACUCCGGAUCUGACGAGGGAAUUCAUCUAUCCUAAGUAAACCUUUUCUCCUACAGUGGGAGCUCCUCCAUUUGAGCCUGCAUGAACUUGACUAAAGCUUUGUUAGAAGUCCCCUCGGACAGUGCUGACACUCUCUCAGGUUGCUGACAGCAAAACCCUGCAGAUUGCUCCAGGGCUUUUCUGCAUCGCUUCAUCUGCUGCUAUGAUCAGGUUUUUUAAAGUUUGCCUUGAAGUUUUUGCCUGUGAGGCUCUGAAAGGCAAAUACUUCUAAAAGCAUAUUUGGCAGUUUUGAUGGAAAACCCAGAAAAUCGCACUGAUAGCCUUAAUGAGGAGGGGGUGAAGCACUCGAAUCAACUACAAAGCAGAUUUUGAAGGAGUUGUAUGGUGCUUCAUUACAUUAAAAGGUAGCGCAGUGCAUUCUCGAAUGAUUGGUUUACUGCUUGAUAGGACGUCUUGCUCCUUCUGCAGCCAAUGGCCUUGGUUCAAAGCUACAUAGCUAAGCCUUGCCUAGAGCACCUAAUUAGCACAUCAGCUGUUUGACAGGCAGGGGGCAGCAGGUAAGGAAUAAAUGCAGCACCCUCUUUCAGACAGCUGAUUGGUGCUACUCAGAGGCUCUGACUGGGUGUAUAUUUGCACCACACUGCUGAGAAUCUCAGUGACAGCAGCCAUUUUGUAUACACAAGGCCUACUUAUGAUUGUGGGUAAUAAUUGCAUAUUGCCCCCUAGCUCCAUCAGGGUGAAUAGAUAAUAACUUUCCUCUUCCUCUUCCUCUUCCUCUUCCUCUUCUUCUUCCUCUUCUUCUUCUUCUUCUCUUACUUAUUAUUAUUAUUAACUUACAUAUUAUUAUUACAGUUACAUAUACUGGUAAAUAGAUUAUAGCAGGUAUAGUCAACAUGGUGUCCCUAAGACGUUGUUGGACUCCAACUCCCAUCAGCCCCAGUCAGCAUGGCCAAUGGCUAGGGGCAGUGGGAGUUGUAGUCCAACAACCCUGAGACCGCAAUACCUCUCAAUGGCUACCUCUUCUUUAUAGAGUUACUCACUAGGGCUUGAUUCCUCCCAGAUCCUGAGUUGCAUUUGCUUUGCAGCUGUGUGAAUGUAUCACUGUAGCCUGAAAUAUACAAUCAAAUAUUCCUUCUACUAAUGUGAAGGUAAGGGAGGUAUUUACUUGCAGUAUCUAUAAUAAGAAAAUCCAACUUCCACUCCAAUGCUUUUCCUAAACCCAUGUCACGGCCAUCUUUAAAUCUCACUUUUUCCUUUUAAAACCCUAACUUUCCAAUAUCCCGGUAACUGUGGGGUAUAGAAGUGGUACACAGUCAGUCAGAUACAUAUAUUAUAUCUAACAAUGGCUUACAUUUAUUUAUGACAAGAUAAUUAAGUGUGUAAGCUUAUCUGGCAACUUUAAAAUAGCAAUAUAUCCUUAAAUGAGUGUGCACUUUAUCAACUUGUGACUGUCACUAUUUAUUAUUUAACAAAAUUUAUAUACUGCUUGAUGGUAGUAAACUGUUUAGGUGGUUUAAAAGAUAUAUUGAAAUUGGCAAUAAAAAACAGCAAAAAAUCAUAAUUAAUAUUAACUGUAAACAAGACUAAAACACAUCAACAUCUGCAUAUACUAUUAUACUAAAGGAGCUUUAAUGAAGCAGUUAAUUAAAAUCCUUUAACCAAAUUGCCCUUUUUAUUCUCUCUGUCUCAGUUAAGUUUCAUCAACACUAUAACUGAAAACUAUGCUGGAAGCCCCUUGUUCCAAUCCUUUGCUGGCCCACUGCAGUGCAAGUUUGCCUUCCUGGCCUGGCCUGGAAAUCUUCCUUCUGGUAUUCUGCUGUCAUCUUCUUCUGGCUGACUCCAUAGAUACCAAGAACCAACAACUCUAAUUCAUUCCAAUCAACUAGCCAACUCCAACACUCCUCUGAUGACCAGCACCCAAUCAGCAUCACUUCUUCUGGCCCCACUAAUCCAGCUCUAGCCAAUCAUACUGUCUAACCAAGCAUUCUAAACCUGCACCCACCAAUCAAAAUCAAAAUAUGCAUAUUGUCUGUCUCUCUUUGGCAUACUGAGAAUUCUAACUCACUCCUGCCAGUUACGGCCCCACAUUAACAGUUAAACUAACUCUCAACAAACCAAACAGAAAAUGUUCCUCAUCAAACACAUUGCAAUGUACAUUAUAAUUCAUAUGUCACAACACAUUGCACAAUACCCGUUACAACGCAAUUCAGGUAAACAGGAUUCUUUUCACAGUUACAAGCUUACAAAUAUCAGAUCAGCAACUUGAAAAAAAUAUUGCAGAAUAUUUUUCCUCAUACGAAAACACAAGAACCAGUCAUUAGUCCAUCCAAUGCCGUGUUGCCUAUAUUAAAAGCCCACCUGGGUUUCAGAUGGGGGUAUUUCACAUGGAGAGGUCUUCUGAAAUGAAAGAAGGGAUGGAUAAACUGUUGCCCUUCAGAUGUUACUGGACUACAGCUCCCAUCUUCUCUGACCACAGGCCAUGCUGGCUGGGGAUGAUAUCAGUUGGAGUCUAUAAAAACUCUAAGCAGUAUUAGUAGGAAAUAUAUGGCACUGGGUGGUUUUCCUGUUGGACUUAGCAAAGGCUGUAGAUGUGCUUCCUGUUCAAACAGAAGUUCCUAAAACAUUCACCAUGAAAUCCCCCUUUUAAAAAAAUUAGUGGACAAAUAUUUUCUGAAUAUUCUCUGGGUGCAUGGAAAUUCGCCUAAUGCUCAUAUUAAUUGCACUCUUGUGUAUGUUUUUCUCUUCUCUCUCCCCAGUAUUGCUUUUGCAGCUACCCAGGGGAUAUGUUCCUUCCUAUUCAAAAUAACAGGCCUUUUCCUGUAAUCUAUACAGGAUUCACAUUCACAAGCAGCCAUCGUUAGGCAAGAAAAUUCAGUUGAAAAGGCUAAUGUUCUGGAUGUUCUGUAUGCUUCUCACCAUGCUAUAGAAUUUCUGCUUCUUCAAUUAGCAAUCAUUCCCCGUAGAAAUUGAUAGCUGAAGGACUGAUGGCCAAUAAUGUCCCAGAGAAUGCAAUACCCAUUUGAUUGUUGAAUGAAAGAACUUAUCAGCUGGAAUGAUCCCACAUGUCAUCUUUACAGCUGCCGAGAGAGGAUGACUGUAAAGAGUCUGGUGUGGUAUUAACAAUAUUCAUUGCUCUAAUGGAAGAGUUGGAGUUUGUAUUUCGGUGUGACUCAUCGGCACUCAUCACACCACUUAUUCAUUUCAAUAUACACGUAUGUGCAUUUCUGUAUCUAUACACACAUAGUGGAAAAGAUUGGUGGCUUGGUGAGGUGCAGCGGGGAGGAUAUGUUCCUGAAAAUGGCCCUCCUUCCAGUUUCUCUGAUGGGUGCCUUCAUUCAGUAGAGGGGGCAUCAUUGGUUACCAUCUACAGUGGUACCCCGGGUUACAGAUGCUUCAGGUUACAGACUCCGCUAACCCAGAAAUAGUACCUUGGGUUAAGAACUUUGUUUCAGGGUGAGAACAGAAAUCGUGGGUGGCGGGGCGGCAGCAGCGGGAGGCCGCAUUAGCUGAAGUGGUACCUCAGGUUAAGAACAGUUUCAGGUUAAGAACGGACCUCCAGAACGAAUUAAGUUCUUAACCUGAGGUACCACUGUACUAUUUCUCAGUAACAUGGGUUCAAUAGCAUGAUAGCAGCCGAACUGCUCUCCCAGUCCUGGUGCCAUUGCUGCUUACCUGGAUGGUAAGACGCCUGAGCAGUGUGGAUGUACCUAUAGGACCUAGGGGAGCAGGUGGCUCAGUGGCUUGCUGAUCAGAAGGUUGGCGGUUCAAAUCUCCUGUUGCUCUGUCCCAGCUCCUGCCAACCUAGCAGUUCGAAAGCACACCAGUGCAAGUAGAUAAAUAGGUACCACUGUGGCAGGAAGGUAAACGGCGUUUCCGUGCACUCUGGUUUCCGUCACGGUGUUCCGUUGCCCCAGAAGCGGUUUAGUCAUGCUGGCCACAUGACCCAGAAAGCUGUCUGUGGACAAACACCGUCUCCCUCGGCCUGGAAGCGAGAUGAGUGCCGCAGCCCCAUAGUCGCCUUUAACUGGACUUAACCAUCCAGGGGUCCUUUACCUUUACCUUUUUUUUUAACCUACCUAUAGGACCACCACCAUCAAUCCAGCACUCCCACUGGUAAUGGGGUGCAAACACAAAUAACGGUAUGGACCCAGGUAAGCAGCAGUGUCAUCAGUGGUGAGGGGGUGCCUCUGCAGCUGUACCCAACCACAUGUGCCACUGCUAGUCUUGAAUAUGAAGACCAGGAACCAGAUCAUUCCUGAGCUCUCAGAAUGCUGCCAACACAACAGGCCAAUUUAGCUCAACAGUGGAGGAGUGCAUGUUUAGUAGCUCAGAAUCUGCUUCUUGAUGUCAGGAUUCAAAGAAUCCAAUCCCUCCCAUGGUGACAGCCAAGAAGCAGAUAAACAAGAAGAGUUCUUACCAAGUAGUUUAUUCAGUUUUCACAGAGAUGGAGGAAUGUAGUCUCUAUUAAAUAAUGGCGUUGCUCUGAGUAAAGUCCCAUCCCCUCUGUCUCUUCUAUUCUAGGUCAUGCCUGCGUUGGCUGAUCUGAGCUUUCUGCUUCUGAGCUCUCUGUUCUACUACUUUCAAUGCCUGCCUGGUCCUGGGAAGGGGGGGGGUCAGGAAUGCUUUCCAAAGACACUGAGUCUGUAAGCUGUCUCUCUCCUGGUGAUUCUUCUUCCUGCUGUUCCUCUCCCAAUAUUUCCCAGCUUCUCCCCUUUGCAGCUUCUGAACUAUGACCUUCUGCAAACCACUGUUUGAAAUCUAUACUGUCCUCCUGUUCUCAGGAAGGUUCCUUCUCAGUCCAGCCCCUGACACUUGAACAAGCUACAAUAUCUGCAUGUCCUAGAGCAUUGCUGAUGCCACUCCCCAACCCACAAUCAUCAGAUGAUGCUGGGAAAGAGAGGAGCCAUUUUUUCCCCCUUAGCCCUUAUUUGGAACCUUCUUCAGAACUCUUGUUCUUCAGCUGCUAGAGUAUUUUGAUCCAGAACACCCCGUGGACCUCAGUGCUGCCCCUGCCCAGUGUUCAAACAAUGCCAAAGCGGCCCUCCUCUUUUCACAGAUGGAGAAUUGUAAAAAUCAAAACAAAUUCGCACAUCAUAGCAUCAUGGUGCUAACACAGAGAAGUAUGACGGUAGCUAUCCACUGUGAACCACAGGAGUUCUUCCAGAUGGAGGUUUAUUGUGGAAUCAGUGCUGCUCUUGCAGGCAAGCCUUUCAUACCAGCCACAUGAUGUCGUGAUCAUCAAAAUGCCUACUCACACUUAAUUUAAAUAAUAAUUUUAAAAUCCUGAUUUCCUCUUACUACAGAAAAUCUAUUAAGUAAAAAUAAAACUCUUACACCUCUGGAGUCAUUGCUGUGUGGAAGCUCAUUAACACUUUUUUGGGGGGGGGGGAGAGAGAGGUGAUUUCAACAAGCCAGUUUGGAGCAGCUUUUCUCUUAAGAUCUCAAAGCAUGUGGAGAAUUACCAUGAAAUUCCAUCCAGACCGAAAUAAAAAUGCAAAAGGCUUUCACAAUACCUCUUUAUUUUAAUUUUGGUAUACCUAAGGUUGUGCACACAUGGCCAAUGGAGCCUAUGUCAUCCACACAGAAGCUAGAUCUGUUGCAUUUUUUUUCUGCCCCUGAAAAGUGCUUCUUGAGAAACUGGUUUCAUUCAAAAAGCAAAAUAUCUUAGCUGAUUGAUUCUGCAUUACCCCACAGUGUGUCUCUUUAAAAACAGAUGAAAACUGGUGUAGGUGGUCCUAGCAAUGAGGGCUGUAUCUGUCAGGAACUCAUCCUACUCUCGAGUAGGACCCUGGCAGAGACACAUGCCUGACUGGCAUGUCCCCUCCCUCUUGGUCGAUUGUUCGGGAGCUUCAAAAGCUUUCUUCAGCCCGAACAUUACAGCGACCGAUUCCAACAGACAUCAGCACACUUAGGGAUCCACAGAGUUUGCGCAGCUUGUGUAACAGACCUCAGCAACUCAGCAUUUUGCCUAAUCCACUUUAUUUACAUAUAAACACACAUGGAACACUGCAAAUGGCUCCCUCUCUCUCUAGCAUCAGACAGCAAAGAGAAAUAACAAAGGACAAUAGUCCCACUUCACGGAACACAGUAACACAAACAUUCUGUCUCCGUCACUUCCCACUCUGUGGAGUCAAAACAUACACCAUCAUGUGAUAGACAAAAAUCCCAUGACCUCAAUCACGGAGCAGGAAUUCUAACAGUAUCCACACCUGACCAAAGACAUUGUGGGUGGUCAUAUACCAAGAUCACAAUAAUCAUUCACCUGGGGCAUGUGAAGGGGGGAAAGGCAGGGAUAACCUAAGCAAAGAGAGGUUUUUCAAUGUGUGUCAAGUAAGUACACCCAGCCUUCUGGAUAGCAGGAUCUGGACUGAAAGGAAUAUGCUGAGGAUGAGCACAAUGGGAACAAACCAUACAUUUUUGCACAAUAGCCUAUAUAUCAAUGUUUCACAAUUUUCUGGUGGCAGCAUUUUCAAAAAGCCUCUCCAAAAGCACAAAGCUUUGUUUGCCCAUUGUGAUACAUGAUAACUAGGCACUGGUAGUGGUAACAUAUGCUAUUGAACUCUUGUGUCCCUUCCUGUGGGGGAAGAAGAAAACAUUUUAAAAGAUGUGCCUGCAGAGGUAUAGAAAUACCUGUGUGUUUGGCCCAGAUUGGGGGAAAGGGAGUGGAGGGCGGUUGAGUAGUGAUUGAUGGGAGAGGCAGAAAACACAGGACAGGAACAUUCCAUCAGGGACUGUCCAGUGAUGUGGAUGGGGAAUAACUGGAGUACCUCUGAAAAAUCUAAAGCUAAUAAACAGAGUUUGUGGAUGACUGAGUAUGAAUCGUGCGCAGAGAAAAACCAGAGAUGAAUGAUCCAUUUGCAACGUAAAACUGUUGAGGUGCCCUUAGUCUAGCUACAUGUCUGGUGUAUUCUUAUCAAGUCGACAAUUUUCAUUUUAAAAUGCUGGGUUCUCAGUGCAACCUGUUGACCUUUUCACUUAUUUAAUAUGUGUUGAGUGUAAAUUUGCUUCUCCCUACAAUCCAGGCAACCCUUUACUAGUCCAACUUUCUAUCUGAUAAUAUCCCCCCCCCCCCGCUCCAAUCCACACAACCUUGACUAGUUUUUAUAUUACUCAGGCAACCCUUUAUUAUAAUGUAUAUGUUCUAGAAUGCAAAGCAUUUGCGCUUUCGAUCAUUCCCCUAUUUCUAAUGUGCUCCUUCACAAAGAUACUUAGCCAUAUUAAAAAAACAAGGCUGCGUGCUUAGCAAACCUGCAUCCUUCAGAUCAAGGGUAUUAUUACUGCAGCCUGACUGCAUCACAUUCCUAUUUUCUCUGCAGUUCUAUUACUGACGGGUGUUUCUUCAGAGCCUGCUAAAAUUGCUUUCUUUUAAUGUGUGAUAGUGAGAAAACCUUUGACAUUUUAUAUCUAGUAUGACCUGGUAUCUCUAGGAAUAGAUUUAUGGAAUCGUUUCCCCACCCCAUCCUUCCUCCCACCCCCUCCAAACUUCCUACGGUCAUCUAUAGAUAAAGAUUUCCCUCUAAAAAAUUCUCCGUCCUUGGAAAUUUCAGUGUGCCUAACUAUCCAGUUUCCAAAGCGCAAUCAAAGUAUUGGAAAUUCUUUACUGUUCAUGGUUUUUUUUAACUUCCAACCCGGGCUCAUGCCCAGUUUUGUGUUUUAGUUAUCCUAGGUAAUUCAAAUCUACCCUCUCAUCCAUUACAAAUAUACAAAACUCCUUCUGACAAUAGUAAAGGUAAAGGGACCCCUGACCAUUAGGUCCAGUCGUGACCGACUCUGGGGUUGUGGCACUCAUCUUGCUUUAUUGGCCAAGGGAGCCGGCGUACAGCUUCCGGGUCAUGUGGCCAGCAUGACUAAGCCGCUUCUGGUGAACCAGAGCAGUGCACGGAAACGCUGUUUACCUUCCUGCCGGAGCGGUACCUAUUUAUCUACUUGCACUUUGACGUGCUUUCGAACUGCUAGGUUGGCAGGAGCAGGGACCGAGCAACGGGAGCUCACCCCGUCGUGGGGAAUCGAACCGCUGACCUUCUGAUCAGCAAGUCCUAGGCUCUGUGGUUUAACCCACAGCGCCACCCGCAUCCCUCCUUCUGACAAUAAGUUACACUUAAAAAAAUUGCACAGGAAUUGUGUGGCCUCUGUCCUGCUUCAUUAUUUCGUAUUGUUGUUGCCUCUCAGUUUUGUUGUCAUCUUAAGAAUAUUGUGUUGUUUUGUUACAUCACAUUUUUAUAACAAACAAUGCACUGGAAGUCUUUAAAUGAAAUGUUCUAGAAUGUGUUUAAAUCAUAAUUUAAAAUUUUAAUUUAUUGAGAGCUAUAAAAAUUAGCAUGAAGAAGAACAAUGUGCACUGUUGACCAAAACUGCUAUGGUAACAGUGACAUGCCUGGCAUUGUGACAUGUCCCCCUGUUGGGUUACUUACCAGGGAACUUUGGCAAGUGCAAGUAUUUGUGGGAAGUGUAAGACAAGGAGAGAGAGGAAGAUGAGAGAAGGAAAGCAAGAAAAGUGUGUUUCAUUAGUUAGGGAGACAUUUUAUUGGUUAGGGGUUAUAGGAUUCAGUUCCAUAAUUAACCAUCAAGAACCCUCCAGUCAUGGCUGGAUUAUCCCCAAAUGACUGUGCUCUGGGACAGUUUAAAUGCUUUAGACUUGCCUUUUUACUUUGUGGCUAUAAUUACAGCAAGGCCAUCUCCAUGUUUUGGAGGGUCUUUUGGCAAGAUUUUCUUGUUGAGACCUACUCCUGCCCACAAGAUGUUUAUGGCAACAAAUUCAUCUUUAUUUUGGAAGUGUCAGGGGGCCCUAAAUUCAGUUUUUUUAACUUUCCCCCAUUCUAUCUUUGGUUGAAAAGGCUUCACAGUCACUUCAGGAUAUGCUGCAGGCGAUGCAAAGUCUAUCCCUUGGCUUCCAAGAAGGAACCAGAAAUCAAAGUAAUCUCUCCGACACCUGGUGACCAGCGAAUGGACACAACUUCUUGACUGUGAGUCCUGCUUCCUGUUUUUUAGGCCUUUCCCAUCUGGCCUGGGAGGGUGGAAAUUGUUCAGUUUGGUUGUGUACUUUUUGUUGUUUAAUUUAUUGUUCACGACUACUUCUGUUAUGUUUCUAAUUAAGUAUUUUUCAUGUUAUCUGCGGCCUUGAGCAUGGUUUCAAUUAUGGAAAGGUGGCAUACAUAAACCAUGUUAUUUGUAUGAUGUAUGUAACUUCAUCAGAUAAUUCAGCUGAGCAAAUGUCCUCUGCUGAGGGAGAAUUAUUGUGAGGCCAGUGAGAAUCUCACUACUUGGAUAAGAAGGAGGCAGUUCUCUGAUUCAAGAAAAUUUUGGAGGGGUGCCUUUGUAAGAAGUAAGAUGAGAAUUAUUUUUCUUUUCUUCUUAAUUUUCUUGUUGUUUCAGUAACAAUCUCCAUGAAGAUAACACACUUGCCGAAGCAAUAGGAAAGUGUUGUGACAACUUAAAGCCACAGCACCUUGGAUGUUAGAGCAGGGGUCAGCAAACUUUUUCAGCAGGGGGCUGGUCCAAUGUCCCUCAGACCUUGUGGGGGGCCAGACUAUAUUUUGAAAAAAAUAAAAAAGAACGAAUUCCUAUGCCCCACAAAUAACCCAGAGAUGCAUUUUAAAUAAAAGGGCAUGUUCUACUCAUGUAAAAACAUGCUGAUUCCUGGACCAUUCACAGGCUGGAUUUAGAAGGUGAUUGGGCCGGAUCUGGCCCCCGGGCCGUAGUUUGCCUACCCAUGUGUUAGAGCACCUUCAUAGGGUUGCCAGUUCAGAUCAGAAUCCACCCAUCUCUCCAUACAUGACUGAGAAUUAAACAAAAACGCCCAUAAACCCUUGGCCACAUCACAAGUUAAGCUGAAUCCCACACUCUCAGAAAUUCUAAAUAAAUUCUAGAGUUCCUUGUGAAUGAGGCAGAAAAACAGAAUGUUCUUUUAUGAGGGGAAAUGUUGGAAAACUGGCAGACAGGUAUCAGUACAACACUACUUCCAGGCUGCAGCUUUAAUUGUGCUUACCUUGUGCUUGUCUGAUAAUAGUAUUUUAUCUUCUUUCUUUUUUAAAAAAAUGUAUCUUAUUGUUUCCAUUACUACAUCAAAGGUAAGAUGUAGCAGCAAAACAUAAACAGAAAUUAUCACUGCCAUCAGAAAGAAAUGUGUAAAAUAAAACUUAGGAGUGGAAAUGUCACUUUUGGUAUAUUGUGGAGAAAUAACUGCUGUCUUCUUUAAUUCUAAAAAUGGGAGGCUCAGAGGAAUAUAUCUUUUUGCUUGUUGGGACAAAAGAAGAGGUUAUGAAAACUAUCAGAUGCAAGGAAAUGAGCCCCACUUCUGUGGCAUCAUCACGAAAGUACACUUGAUCUACAUUCAGCAGCAAAGGGUGUACUGGGCAUAGCUGUCAAGCGGCCCUUAUUUGGCGGGGCAGUCCCUUAUCCCAGCGCCGUGUCCCGCUGCUGCCCCUUAUUGAUGAUGUCCCUUAAAUAAGCUACUGAAGGUAAUGGGGCCCUUUCUAUGUCCAGCUGUCCUUUGUCAACAACAAAUUGUUGCUGUUUUUUUGUGUUGAAUAUAUGCUAAAUGGUAAUUUAUGGACCUAAUAGGUAUCUAAAGCCAUUUGCACAAAACAAAAUAUGUAUUUUAUCAAAGUAAUUGUUGAUCCCUUAUUUUGGCUGCUGUUCCCUUAUAUUCGAGGCUGCUGGUCCCUUAUUUUCAAAUCUGUAAGCUGACAGCUACGGUACUGGGAAGCCCUGGGACCCACACGCAUGUCAGAGACAACAGGAAAUGGGAACACACAGAGAAAGCUGGUCCAGCAUAAGAGAAAUGUUGCACAUUCAAGGUCAUUGACUGACUCGAGAGAGCAUUCACUGAUGAAGGAAGAUCGAAGGACAGCUUGAGGGGGGAAACUGGUUUGGUUCAACUGCAUGGUGACACAUCUCUGGGAACAGCCAUGGGAAAACAAGUCCUCUGCAUCAAAGAGGCGAAAUAAAGUAGGUGAAGCGACUGUGAGCGGACGGCUGGGAUUUUAUACCAACUCAGCAGAACGCGGAUGAAAGAUUAAUGAUUUAAAAGCAAGGACAGGGGGAAGGAAUGUGACGAGGAAGGUCUUCUGUAUCUGUAGAAGAGGAUGCUCAGCGAGGGGAGUGACAGUUAAUAAUUGAAGAGAUUAGGAGUUUCAUAAUGCAAUGAGGAAAGUUCCUUGAGGAGCCUAAAGCUCAAGGGCCUGCAACAGAAAAGCACAAACACCUUAUGGUAAUUCUCAUGCAUUCUUUUGGGUAGCAUACUGGCCAUGAUCCAAAGGCUUCCAGUACUUGUUAAGUAUAGUGAUUUACUUUACUGAAACUGGGAAUGCUGAAAUGCAUUACUGUGUGUUUAAUUCUGGAAUGUUCCCCAGUAACUCUCACGCGAUUGGUUAGCUUUGGUCACAUGACAAGUAUCUUAUUACAUUCUCCAUUUUGUUUUGUGUGCGAGUGACUUGGCCGUAAUGGCUGCAUCUCCAUGAACACUGAUGAAGAGACGGUGUUAGUUAAGUCACUCUCUAAAUUCAAUAGAGGAGAGGAGUGCUAAUGUUGCUGUGUGAAUGUGUGUGGCAGAAAGAAGCACAAAAGUCAAUGAUCUCCCAAAGAAGCAGUAAGGAGAAGUCUGCUGGAAGGAGAAAGUGGAAAUUACUCUGAAAGAAUUGCAUGGCUCAGAUGGGUAUUUCACAGAAGGCUGAGUGCAAGUACUGAGAGAAAAACACAGUUUGUUUGAAUGUUUAAGGAAGAAGUUGUAAUCUUCAACUAAGCCCAUGCUUGGAUGAGCAUGUGAAUGUAAAGACUUUGCAUAUAUUCUUCUUUAUCUAUAUGUUCUGCAAGCAAAAGCUUUCUGAAUAUCUUAACAAGUGUUUGGACAUUCUUUUAAUUUCAAGAAAAGAGUCAGCAUUGCACAUGAUUUGGCUUCCCAACUACGAUUUAGCUACUCUACCAAUAUUGUUCGCCUGGAGUUUUUCAACAUCUGUGAGAACAGAGUUUUUCCUCAAUUUAAUUGAGUAGCCGUUACACAUUCGGGAUUCUCUGUGUCCAGGUAAGCCUUUGCAUGUGUGAAAGGACAGCAGAAUCAGAGCUUUUGAAGCUUUCAGAAGGUUCUGACUGUUUAGCAUCUCCUGGCUUUCCCAGUGAUUAUUUCUUUUUCACAUUUUCGGAUUUCUCACAUAAGAAAUUCCAACAGCCCUUAUGGUGUUAGUUUCUUUGGAAGAGGACCACCAGGGCACUGUAUUGCCUUUGCAAAAAUCUGCUUAUUUACAAAUGAUUAUCACAGUAUGUCCAGUAUUAUAAAUCAUUUAAAUAAAAGAAUAAAUAAUACACUCUGUAAGCCAACUCCAAAUCACAACAGCCACUUGUAGUUCCAAGCAAUCUAUUUCAAACCUACAUGAUAUACAAAAGUGGCUUACCAGGUUGGGCAGAGCUGCUGCACUAGCUUUCUGGCAGGUGGAACUGUAAUUUACCAGGAGAGUAAAGUGGUGGGGAGGGACGCGGGUGGUGCUGUGGGUUAAACCACAGAGCCUAGGACUUGCCGACCAGAAAGUCGGCAGUUUGAAUCCCCACGACGGAGUGAGCUCCCGUUGCUCGGUCCCUGCUCCUGCCAACCUAGCAGUUCGAAAGCACGUCAAAGUGCAAGUAGAUAAAUAGGUACCACUCCGGCGGGAAGGUAAAUGGUGUUUCCAUGUGCUGUUCUGGUUUGCCAGAAGCGGCUUAGUCAUGCUGGCCACAUGACCCAGAAGCUGUACGCCGGCUCCCUCGGUCAAUAAAGCGAGAUGAGCACCGCAACCCCAGAGUGGGUCACAACUGGACCUAAUGGUCAGGGGACCCUUUACCUUUAAAGUGGUGGGGAAGUUGGCAUGGUGUAAACAUACCAGACACCUGAUCCGGCAUUCCUGCCAAUGCAUUUGCACCUUGCCAACCUCCCCACCCCCUCAACCCUUUCCCCCUUCCUACCAGUAAGCAACAGUGACCAAAUUGCUGGGAAACUAGCAUAGGAGGUCUGCCACACUCAUGUAUUACAUGGGGAAAUCCAUAGAAUAGUGGAAACAUCUUCCAAGGUAUUGUCAUGUUCACACUUGUAAGAAUCUGUAACUUUGAAUUGAUGAGAGAAUGAAAAUUAAGGGGACGAACUCACUGAAAUUAAGCACUUUUUAGUCCCAUUGAUUCCAAUGGGUGAAUUAAGUACAUGUUUAAAUCUUUUCUGCUGAAAUCAAUGCAACUUAAAAGUGCUUAACCUUGGCUGAAUCAUGUCCUAAUACAUUUGCCAGAAACUGCUAUGCGAUGUUCCAUUUAAAUGUGCAAUAAAUCUCUCUCCCCCGCCCCUUAGCGUCCCAGUAAAAUGAACUGCAAUGAAAAAACCACAAAUAAAUUAUGCAUGUAAUUACAUUUUUAUCUGGUCAUCAUAAUUUAGCAAAUAAGACUUGAAAAUAUCAUCACGGGAAGAAAACACAAGUCAAAGUUCAAAACUCAUUAUCAUUUUUCCAGCCCUCAAUUAAAAUUAGCAUUUGCUUUCCACAUGCAGAACCCCUAUAUAUAUAUCCUGUUUUGUCGAUUUUCCCUUCUAGAAACACACAUCUUUGUUGAUGCUUGAGUGGCUGGGUUUAUUUGUGGGGGGAGGCCAAAGUAAGGAAGAGAAUACUUAUCUCUAUUUAAAAGUUGUUGUAUUUUUCUACUUUAGGGCUUUCAGAAGCCUCCAAUGUCAAUAUACCUUUCUGCUGAUAAAAUGGGAUUUUGUUUACUAGACGUUUUUACAGCCAAGUAAUAAAAACCCGAAUAUCAGGAGAGGCAGGCGCACAUGCAUUUAAACAGUGAUAUGUUCAAAUGUUUGGCACUGGCAUUCAGAAGCAUAUUUUAUUGUGACACGGCAAAAUGCCAGCCGUUACGACAGGUAGACUGUGUCAGGAAAGAGGAGUUGCAUAUUGGAAGGGAAAAUGGGAAACUGUCCAGUUUGAGGCCAGGCUAUCAGAGGCACGCCAGAAUCGCAAGGAGGAGUUUGUUUUAGGGUGGUGGUUUUUUUGCAUCAUUUGCUGCAGGAUCUUUCAAAACUAGAUUUGCCAGAGAUUGAACCAUCUGACAUUGAGGCAUCCCUUGGAAAGAUGCUAUGUACUAAUACCCACUGUGAAAUCUCUUGCCAGGGAUAGUGAAGCGUCCCAAGGGUAGAGGCUAAGUUCUGCCCUCCUUUUACUAGUGCCCGUCAGUAUAAUUCCAUACAGGGCAAAUUUUAUACAUACCUAUUCAAGUGCCCCCACUUUGCCUGAGUAUGCUGGGAGUUCCAUUAAACUCAAAGUUGCCCCCAUUUGAGUUUAACGAAACUCCCAAUGAAGACAUCCUGCUUAUUUGAACUGAGCUUUAAUGGGUAAUGGGUAACACAUUCUGACACCUGUGUUGUAAUAUAUAUCAUAGUGUAUUUGAUGGGCAAAGUUUUCUCUCUGGUAAGGCGAAAGUCGGUUUAACUGCCAUGCGGAGCUUUAACUGGUGGAGGUGAGUUAGAAUUCUCAGUAUGCAAAAGGAAGAUACAAGGUAUGCAUAUUUUGAUUGGUGGGUGCAGUUUUAGAAUAUUCAGUUAGACAGUGUGAUUGGCUGGGGCUGGAGUAGUCGGAAUAAAAGUAUACAUGUGGCUGGGUGCUUGCCAGCAGUAAGUCAGUUUGAAUUGUGAAUUGUGGUUAAUGGGUCUUUUGGUUUUGGGUCAUGUGGGAAUAGCAAGGCAGAUCACAUGCCUAAGGAAAGCUUUGGGACUUAGUGACAUUGUCUUUGUGUUGCUGCUGUCCAUUUUCAAACUGAAACUUAGACUUUUCAGAGUUUUGAAUGGGACACUGGGCUCUUCAGAAUGGUUUGGGAGCAAUGACUGUGGUGUUUAUGGGGUGGAGAAAGCAGUUGAUCAUGUUCUAUGGGGUCUAUUCAACCUGACACUUUUCCACGCCAAGACAAAAAGUGUGUGAGAUGUGGUUUGCAGAUGAUGUAGUAUUGACAGUGUACUCCAAGGAAACUCUACAGAGACUCAUCAACCAUUUUGCCCAAGUCUGCAUGGAGUUUGGCCUUAGCAUCAGCCAGAUGAAGACUAACAUCCUGGUCCAUUAUGCUGCCAAGGAGCUCUAUGGGAAGCUGGCUUCAGGCAUCAGAGUCGUUGGCAGACCAACUCUGCAUUACAAAGCUGUGGGAAUCCCUUGCAGAUGAUUGCAGUGCUUGGAGACAAUCAGUCAGGUUUUGUAUCCACAGCAGUGACCAGAGGACGAAUGACCACUGGGAGGAGAACAGAAAGAAGAAACGCCAUUAUACACCUGCAGCAGCACAACCGGACACUUUCAUCUGCCCAGCUGCAACAAAACAUGUCUCUGCCAUAUCCAGUCUCUACAACCACAGCAGACACUGUCACUCUCCAAAGGUUUAACUUCAACCUUGAAGGUAUGUUCUUCCAUUGCCUCCCAAGACAGAUGGAUGACAACCAUAGCCUCAUCCUGGCAAGUCUUUCUUGGACACAUAACAGCAUAAUUUAACAUUGGAAGCUGUGUUUGCUUCAAAUAUCUUUAACAAUGCUACAAAUGCCUAACAUCAUGCAGUGGCUCUCAAUUAUUGCAGGCAUGUCCUUUAAGAAUAAAUGCAUCAGGCAGAAAAAACAACUGCCUUUUCAAUGGGGGAAACAAAUUAUAUUGACAUCUAAUGCUGAGACCAAAUUAUAGCUAAGGAGUAAGAAGAAGAAUUUCCCCAGUGGUGAAAAGCCACAAUCAUUGAUAGGUACCCACUGAAAAUAUGGGCGGCGAAAGAGAAGAUUCAGACAUAUUAUGGUUGCUGUGGAAACCUCUGGCUUUCAGACUGGAAGAAUAUGCCCAACAAGAGUAGGGAGGGACAAAAAGGUAAAUUUUGGGUUCUCUCGCUUUCUUCCCCAGUCUUUCAUUCAGUUGGCCUCAUUUCCACAUCAGCUUCUGGGGAUGAGGAUUAAAAGCCCACAUGAAUAUUUGCAUGCAUUUCUGCGACAUUUCUCCUAAUAUAUACAAUUAGUAUGCCUUCAUAGCCUAUAAUUUCUUUUUUGCCGAACUAAUGUCCAUAAUACAAUGCCUUUUUGUAUGUUAUUGUAUGUAUAUACCCUUUCUCCUAAUACAUGUGAAAUAAUGCAUAAUAAUGUGAAAUGCAUAGGAGUACAAAUGGCAAAUGAUGGUUGGAUUUUUAUUCAUGGGUUAAUUGAGGAAAUACACUUUAGGUGGGUUUGCAUUAAAAUGCAACUCAAAUGAAUUCCUCCCUGUCUUGAAAGGAGUGUCGGGCUGCUGGGCACACCACAUCAUCAAAUCAUGAUGGCGGUCUUCUCCAAAGAGCUGAGGCUGUGUAUAUCGGGGUUGUGAAUUUGUGGCCUUCCAGCUGCUGUUGGACUCUUCCAUCCACCCAAGCCAGCAUGUCUAGUGGGCCGGGAUGCUGAGAAUUGUAGUUCGUCAACAUCUGGAAGGCCACAUGUUCCUGGUGUAUAUGAUCUAUGUGUUCAUCUGUGAAUAGACAAAACUUACGUUUACACAGCAGAGUUGUGAUUUCUAACUGAGCAUAAAAAUCAGUUUGAUGAGAAUAAAGAAAAUGUUUCAUAGCAAAGGACACAAAAGACCCACAACUGUUUGAAUGGCUCAGUUUUUUAAGCUGCCAAAUAGGCAAUGGCACCUCCCAUUUCGUGGAGGAAAUCAAUAUGACGCCUCUAAGUAAAAUCUGCAAGGAGAAAAAGAGUUCAGGCACCUUACAGGGUUGCCAUUGUUUCUAGUUGCUGUAGCAGUUAAUGAGUAAAUCAUCCCAUUGUCAUGAAGUUUGCAAGAAGUAGAGGGGAUAUGUCAAAGAUAAAAGGGAAAAAGUAAUAUGUGUGGCAUGUUUACUAUCUAGAUUUCUCUUAACAGAAAGAGAGGCACCCUGUUGCUAUGACUUCUUUGUAUCCCGUCAAGCUAGACGUACACGGCACAUUAUUUUCACACCACCAGUUCUUUCUUGUCCAAAAUGCACUGCAGCCCCUCCCCCCGGCAUUCAGAAAGGAAAACCACACUGGACUUCUAAUUAGAUUGCCACUCGUUUCUGCAAGCACUAACUCGAAACCAGAAGUGUUUGUCAAAUGACCGCCACACAACUCUGAAAGUAAUUGGUAGAGAUUGGAAUGGUGUCUUUCUUCCAGAAAUCAAAAACUCGGCACACUAUGACAGUGUGGGCCUUCUAUCCCAUUCUCAUGUUCAAACCUGCGUGUGGGAGGCCACUAGAAGUGCUUCAAUUUAGUGGACUCUGAGGUCCAGCUCCAAAGGCCUUCUGGCAGUUCCCUUGCUGUGAGAAGUGAAGUUACAGGGAACCAGACAAAAGGCCUUUUUGGUAGUGGUGCCCACCCUGUGGAAUGCCCUCCCAUCAGAUGUCAAGGAAAUAAACAACUAUCUGCCUUUUAGAAGACAUCUGAAGGCAACUCUGUAUAGGGAGGCUUUUAGUGUUUGGUGUUUUAUUGUGUUUUAAUAUUCUGUUGGGAGCCACCCAGAAUGGCUGGGGUGGCAUAUUAUUAUUAUUAUUAGGGCUUCCAUAGGCAUCAGGCUGGCCACUGUGAGAACAGGACACUAGACUGGAUCGGCCUUUGUCUUGAUCCACCAGGGCUCUUAUCUCCUUAUGUUCAAUGUGUCCAUACUGUAAACAAGAACUUGAAAGAGCUGCUCAUCAUCUGAUUUCUCCCCAUCACCUGAAUGUCACUGGCACUAAUAGGAAGAAUCACAAAUGUUCAUGAGGACUGGUGGCAGCGUGGCUUCAAUGGCUGUUGGUUCCUCCUCUCUGGAGCUCAGCUUCCUCUUCCUCCUGCUGCUGCCACUGGCCAGGGACUGCUUCCUCUGUCUUUCCCUUACACGGCAGGACUCAGAGGAGCCGCUGGCUGCUGAAACUGUGUCAAAUGACAACACUUUGGAGGUCCCAAGUCACAAGGUAGUUAGAUUGGUCUGUCUUUUCAGUACUGGCCCUGACUUGGUGGAACGCUCUGUCACAAGAGACUAGGGCCCUGCGGGACUUGAUAUCUUUCUGCAGGGCUUGCAAGACAGAGUUGUUCUGCCUGGCCUUUGGUUUGGACUCAGUCUGACCCUUAUGUUUCCCUCCCCUUAUGGUUUUGAUCUAUGGGCUACUAUUAAAAUGAGGCUGCAUUUUAAAUUGUAUUUUAACGCGUAUUUUAAAUUGGUUUUUUUCCCUCCCCCCCAUUAUGUUUUUAUUGUAAUUUUACUGGUGUUAGCCGCCCUGAGCCAGGUAUUAUUAUUAUUAUUAUUAUUAUUAUUAUUAUUAUACUCUGCUCAACUCCACAAUUGGACUCUCCUCCUCCUCCUGCCGCUGCCACAGGACGUGAUGCUGGACAGAACACUGGUUGAUGAGAGGGAUGAGAGGUAGAAUGGGUGGUCCUUUCUGGACAGUGUGCUACAGCCUCUGCAGACCAGGAAGGAUCCUUGCAACAGACCCUCCAAGUGUCCCUAUUUUCCAGAGAUGUCCCUAUUUUAGAGAAACUACCCUGGUUUCUGAUUUGAUCCCAGAAUGUGCCGCUGUUCCUUAGGAUGCCCCUAUUUUCAUUGGAGAAAUUUUGGAGAGUAUGGUAGGAUGUCCCUAUUUUCAUUGUAGAAAUGUUGGAGGGUAUGGUGUUCUCCAAUCCCUGAGUCGUCUGAAGGCAAUCCUGUAUAGGUAAGUUUUUAAAAAUGUUUAAUGUUUUAUUAUGUUUUUAUAUAUGUUGGAAGCCGCCCAGAGUGGCUGGGGCGUCCCAGUAAAAUGUGUAGGGUAUAGAUACUGUAGUAAAAAUAUCAUUAUGGAAUGGGAUGUCCCUAUUUUCAUUGGAGAAAUGUUGGAGGGUAUGUUGCAUAUCCCUGAACCAUAAAGUCUGCAAUCCUAGCUACAUAUAAACACAGUUUGAAAUUUGGAUUGAGACUCCCACUUCACAGCAUCCUCAUGUAAAUCAUGCUUGUGCAGCUCACAUAGCUCCUGUAUACUAACUACAGCACAGAGGAAUUCUCAGUUGGUAGAGCAUGAAACUCUUAAUCUCAGGCUAAUGAGUUUGAGCCUUAUGUUGGGUAAAAGAUUCCUGCAUUGCAGAGGAAUGGACUAGAUAACCCUUGUGGUCCCUUCCAACUGGGAUUCUAUGAUUAAUUCUAUGAUUUGUAUGGUACAAAAGUGUAUGCCACAAAUACUUGUUUAUUAGUCUCAUGGCCACCAGGGGGCAUUGCUUACUGGGAUCAAUAUAUAUAUAUAUAUAUAUAUAUAUAUAUAUAUAUAUAUGUAUAUAAUCUCCAGCAUGGGUCAAUAUAGGAGUGUGUCAAGUUUCAUAUUUUAAGCACAAAGUACAUUAUUUUCGGCUGAACCUUCUCCUUUUGCUUUCUUAAUUGCACGAUUCAGAUUUGAACCUCAAGAAUACAUGAGACUAUUUCUCAAUGGUUGAUUCCUGGCAAUGCUUCUGAAAUUGGGCACAUAGCUCAAUAUCAGACCUUAUUAUGCUGCAUAUGUAUAGAAGAUACAUUGGAGGAAGGACUUAAUUAAUUGACUUGCUAACAUGCCCUUCUAAAAAUAAAUAAAUACUUCAGAGUCCAACUUUAAUUCUCAUUAAGAAAUACCAUUAUGACAAACAAGAAAAAUCGAUCAUUUGUAGUAGCAGAGCAACAAUUACAGUUUUUGGUUCCGACAAAAGAUGCCCUUUUUCUGUGCACUUUUGAUCUGUUUUUAAAAAUCCCCAUUCAGUCCAAAGAGAUUUAAGCAGUCUGACUGUGGGCAGGACAGCAGUGCAAAUCGCUAAGAAUAUUUUGGCAUUCAUCUAUACCUGAAGAUUUAAAGAAGUCGGAGAAUAUAUGAUUUAAUUGAAAGCCAAGUUUCUCUGAAUGAUGCAGACAAUAGGAUUAGAUAAAGGUGAAAUCUGAGCUUUCUCCUCCUCAAGUCUUAGUGUUGUAGGUUUUAUGCUGCAAAAGCGUCUUAAGAUUGACAAAAAUAAAAAGCCAGCUUACCUUAAGUAGGUUCUCUCCUCCAAUACGUGCUUUCCUUGAUAGAUAUAUAUUGCACAUCUUCCCCUCCUGUUGCAGUGCUCAUUUUUGACAUCUUCUUUGAAGUCAUUGGAUAUAAGGAAACUACAGCCAAAAGCAAACUUUAAUCCCUACAAAAGAAACUUAUGAUGAAGUCAAAAUGCAGUUGUGUAUUGGUACUGUAUUUAGUAGAUGGAGACGGAGUAAAUAAGAUAAGGAAGACAGAAAAGAGGGCAAAAUGGACAACUGAAUAAGGCCAAGGAUAAGAGGCAAGUUUCUGCACUUUAGCCCAGUUGAGUCUUGAUCAGUCAGGCAAAGUACUAAUGAUUGUGGAAAAACUGUUUUGUCUUAUGGGUCACCACAUCCUGGUCACAUUUUGGGGGGGCCACAAGAAGCACUACUUUUCACUCCCUGAUACUGGGGAUAAUAGCUUCAUUGAUGCACAGGAAAAUGAGGUAGUGCUACGGAAACCUGCAAAAGGGCAGAAACUACAAGAAGAAAGCGGCUGCAGGUUUCAGUUGUUUCUAAUGCACAGAGUAUGGAAAACAAGCAAGAUGAAUUAGAGCUCUUAAUACAGGGUGACAAAUAUGACCUAAUAGGCAUUACUGAAACCUGGUAGGAUGAGACUCCUAACUAGAAUGUAGAAACUGAGGGAUAUAACCUGUGCAAAAGGAAUAGACCAAACAGGAAGGGGGGAGAAGUAGCAUAAUAUGUGGGGAGAUCCAUGACUUGGAGCAUGGAGGGCAGAUUGAGAGUAUAUGGAUAAAAACUGUAGGAGAGGGAAAGAACAGUGACCUUACUGUGGGUGUAUGCUAUAGACUUUCAAGCCAGACUGUUGUUCAAAGUCUUUAUAAACAACAAGGAAGAAGGAAUUGAGGGGAUGCUCAUCAAAUCUGCAGAUGACAUCAAACUGGUAGGGGCAGCUAAUGCUGCAGAAGACAGAAUGUAACAGGAUGGAGAACUGGGCCCAAACCAACAAAAUGAAUUUAAAUAGGGACAAAUUCCUUGGGCAGGAAUGACCAGCUGCACAAAUAUAAAACAGAGGACACCUGGCUUGCCAGUAGUACAUAUGAAAAGGAAACAUGAGUCAACAAUAUGAUGCAGCAGCAGAAAGAGCUAAUGCUUUUCAAGGCUGCAUCAACAGAAGUACAGUGUCCAGAUCAAGGGAAGUCAUAGUACCACUCUGUUCUGCCUUGGUUAGACCACAUCUGGAGUACUGUGUCCAGUUCUGACACCACAGUUUAAGAAGGAUUUUGAUAAGCUGGAACAUGUGUAGAGGAGAUGAUCAAGGAUCUGGAAACCCAGCCUUAUGAGGAACUGUUGAGGGACUUGGGUAUGUUUAGCCUGGAAAAGAGAAGACUGAGAGGAGAAAUGACAGCCAUACUCAGAUAUCUAAAGAGCUCUCACAUGGAAGAUGGAGCAAGCUUGUUUUCUCCUGCUCCGGAGGGUAGGACCCGAACCAACGGAUUCAAGUUACAAGGAAAAGAGAUUCCAACUAAAUAUCAGGAAGAACUUUCUGACAGUAAGAGUUGUUUGACAGUGGAAUGGACUCCCUCAGGAAGUUGUGGACUCUCCUUACUUGGAAGUUUUUAAGCAAAAGUUGGAUGGCCAUGUCUCAUGAAUGCCUUGGUUGAGAUUCCCACAUUAGAGGGGGUUAGACUAGAUGACCUGUGGGGUCCCUUCCAACUCUAUGAUACUUUCCCCUACACCAAUGGGAGCUUUUUAAAAGUAACUGUUGUAGCCACAUGCAAGGCUAUAUUUGUGAAAGGCCAACAUUUGUAAGAGGCAACAUCCUUUCUAUUGUAUUAGUGAAAUACUCACUAAUUUCAUUGAAAUCUAGCACACUCCUUCCUGAAAAACCAAUGUGCCUAAGGGUAAGGUGUUUCCAAGGGGAAAACUAACUUAGCCAUAACAAUCAUGAUGCUGAUACUGAAAGAAAGCAGCCCAAAUGAAGUCUGAAGUUUGCUUUUUUUUUUUAAAUGAUAUUUAUUAAAGUUUCAAUAAAAGAUUAAGCAUAAAACAUAAAAAAGAAAUACACAAUUCAAAAUAUACAAUACAUAAUCUAAAAGAAAAAAAAGAAAUAAAGAAACAAGAAAACAUAAGACAAAAAAGAAAGUAGAACAAUUAAAAACAAUAUCAUCUUUUCGUCUCCACCUUUAAAUUUACUUAUUUUCUGGACCUCCUCGUACCUCCCUCUUUUGUAUUCCAGUUCAAAUUGUUUGUCCAGCAAUUUCUUUCCCUCUUUUUUUAAUCCCAAUCUUAACUCUUAAAAUAGUAUAACAUUAAAAUUUUACCUUUUAAAAACCAAUUAAUCUAUCCAUAGUUUUAAAUCCUAAACAGCUGGAAGCCACUUAUUUUUAAUCCAACAUCACUCUAACAUUCUUUAAUUUUGCAAUGUUUCUGCAGAUAGUCUUUGAAUUUCUUCCAAUCUUCCUCCACCGACUCUUCUCCCUGGUCACGGAUUCUGCCAGUCAUUUCCGCCAGUUCCAUAUAGUCCAUCAAUUUCAUCUGCCAUUCCUCCAGUGUGGGAAGCUCUUGUGUCUUCCAAUACUUUGCAAUGAGUAUUCUUGCUGCUGUUGUUGCGUACAUAAAGAAAGUUCUAUCCCUUUUUAACACCAUUUGGCCGACUAUGCCCAAGAGAAAGGCCUCUGGUUUCUUGGGGAAGGUAUAUUUGAAUACCUUUUUUAAUUCAUUAUAUAUCAUUUCCCAGAAAGCCUUAAUCUUUGGGCACGUCCACCAGAGGUGAAAAAAUGUACCUUCAGUUUCUUUACAUUUCCAACAUUUAUUAUCGGGCAAAUGAUAGAUUUUUGCAAGCUUGACUGGAGUUAUGUACCACCUGUAUAUCAUUUUCAUAAUAUUCUCUCUUAAGGCAUUACAUGCCGUAAAUUUCAUACCUGUGGUCCAUAACUGUUCCCAGUCAGCGAACAUAAUGUUGUGUCCAACGUCUUGUGCCCAUUUAAUCAUGGCCGAUUUUACCGUUUCAUCCUGAGUGUUCCAUUUCAGCAGCAAGUUAUACAUUCUUGACAAAUUCUUAGUUUUGGGUUCUAACAGUUCAGUUUCUAAUUUUGAUUUUUCCACCUGGAAGCCAAUUUUCUUGUCCAAUUUAAAUGCCUCCAUUAUCUGAAAAUAAUGAAGCCAGUCUCGCACUUUGUUUUUUAGUUUUGAAGUUUGCUUUAGACAUUUCCCAGAGACCUUAAAAAUAUGCCGUUUGAUUUUGAACUAAAAAGUAGUAAUUUGCUGAGUGGCACACUGAGCCCUCCUGAUAUGGAUGUUUCCAUAAAUAUUGGGAUUUCUAAAACACAUUUUCAUUUAUUUUAAUACUGGUCUGACUACUAGACCUUUGAACUAUUGCUGUAGUUCAAGGAGCAGGUUGAUGUCCUACUGUGGCUUUUGACAUAGACUGACUGAAAUCACGUUCUUAAAAGCAAUGCCCAAAACACAGGUUGUUUAACCUGCUGCAGCAGUCUAUAGACCAAGAUUAGGAAUGUUGCAAAUGCAGAUACAAUUACUGUACAUAAGAGCAGAAUACAAGCACAAUAUAACAGGCGGCGGCAGCCAGAAACCCAUUAAAAAAGAAAAAAGAAAAAAAGACGUGCACUCACCCUGUAAGAAGAGCUGGGGGGGGGCAUGAUCUCACACACUACCCAAUAGUGUGCGGUUUUGGGUGCUGUGCCCCCCAAAAGUGCUUUUUCAGGGUUACUAUCUCACACACGGGUCACAUGACUCAUGCAGGAGUGUGGUCCUGGAAAAUGGCAGUCCAGGUUUCACCUGGAGGGUGUGCAUAUUCAGUCCUAAGGUUCCCCACUUUUGAGCUAAUGGAUCUAUGUGGUGAAGAAGCCAAAAGGGGAGCAGUUAGUUAGCUGUAAAUCCCAGAAAAAGAAAAAUUGCAGAAGGAUAUGACCCCCACUUUCCACUAUUGUUGUGCUGAAACGGGCCCUUCAGUUUCUCAUGUUUUCCCUUUGUGAAAUGUGAUUCCAUUGUUUAGGGUUGGGGAGGAUUCCACUCUGCUCUGUAUUUUGGAGCAAACGAUCGCAUCCCUCCCCAUCCCUGAGCCAUGCACAGAUUAGAAUGCAAAUCUUCAGGGUGAGAUGCAUGAUCAAUAGCUGACGCACAUUAACUGUGCUUAUGAGGUGGUCAGAGGGCUACCUCUUUCUUCCUUUCAAGAUGUUAAGCUGCUUAGAGCAGCUCCAUGGCCACCCAGUAAAAAAUAAAUAAAAAUCUCUUUCAAGAUACACUAGAAAGUGACUGUAUGCUGUAGUGUACAGUCCCAAGUUGUUGUUGUUGUUUAAUCGUGUCCGACUCUUCGUGACCCCAUGGACCAGAGCACGCCAGGCACUCCUGUCUUCCACUGCCUCCCGCAGAUUGCUCAAACUCAUGUUCGUAACUUCGAGAACGCUGUCCAACCAUCUCCUCUGUCGUCCCCUUCUCCUUGUGCCCUCCAUCUUUCCCAGCACCAGGGUCUUUUCCAGGGAGUCUUCUCUUCUCAUGAGGUGGCCAAAGUAUUGGAGCCUCAGCUUCAGGAUCUGUCCUUCCAGUGAGCACUCAGGGCUGAUUUUCUUCAGAAUGGAUAGGUUGGAUCUUCUUGCAGUCCAUGGGACGCUCAAGAGUCUCCUCCAGCACCAUAAUUCAAAAGCAUCAAUUCUUUGGCGAUCAGCCUUCUUUAUGGUCCACCUUUCUUCUUUAUGUUCCCACACCCUCCAAUAUUUCUCUAAUGUUAAUAGGGGAGUCCUAUUCCACCACUACCACCACAAUCGUAAUUAUACCCCACCCAACUGGGUUGCCCCAGCAACUACGCAACUUCCAACAUAUAUAAAAACAUAAGAAAACAUGCAACAUUUUUUUAAAGCUUCCCUGUACUGUCUUCAGAUGUCUUCUAAAGGUUGUAUAGUUACUUAUUUCCUUGGCUCGGGGGUCACAUAACUCUAUGCCCUCCAACAUUUCUCCAAUGAAAAUAGAUAUGUCCUAAGGAAAAGUGGGACUUUCCAGGAACAAAUCAGAAACCAGGAUGGCUUCUGUAAAUUCGAGACUGUCCCUUGAAAAUAGGGACACUUGGCAGGUCUGCAGUCUGUUCCUAGGAAUUUUACAGAUAACAAGAUGGCUGUUCCCAUUUACUUAUGCUGGCAGCCAUAUUUUUCCCUGUACAAUGUGUCUGGUAGUCUUAGUGGAGAUAUGGGGAUAUAGCCGUUUAUGCUAAGAGAGCCUUUCCCUUGCUGUCUUUCAGUAUUCUUCAUGUUAAAUGUUUCCAACUGGCAACACACACACCCUCCCUGGUGUGAGUGUUUGCACAUAAGUAAUCUGAACCCCCGAAUAGGGCAAGUCCCUGUUUGAAUAAAUUAUGCAAUUCAACACAGGUUGGAGGAGAAGAGAGGGGGGAAUUCGCCUGCCGCAGGCUUUCGUACAAGAGCACAGCAGACCUAACAGCUCAAAUCAGAGUGAAUACAUAAAAAUGUCAAUACCUUUGCAGGGAGAUUUUGACAACACUGCUCUUGGGAGGCGUGUGCAGCCUUCAAGGCCCACUCGGAUUCUGCUGUUGCUGAAUAAGUCUUCCCCACCACCUUCCAAGCUGGGCCACCUUCUUGAUGAGGUGAAGAGCCUCGGAACAAGCCGACCCCAGUUCUUUAUUUCAUUUAUUAUUUACUUACCUAAAACAUUUAUAUCCCAUCUUUCCAAAAACUUCAAGGCAGCUAACCAUGAGAAAGGAAUACAAUACCCGGAGUUGUUGUUGUUGCUGUUUUUUGUUUGCUUGCUUGUUUGUUUGUUUGUUUUAAAAGCCAUUCAAAGCAAUCAAGACACAGUGGUACCUCGGAUUAAAGAAACUUCAGGUUACAGACGCUUCAGGUUACAGACUCUUCUAACCCAGAAAUAGUACCUCGGGUUAAGAACUUUACCUCAGGAUGAGAACAGAAAUUGCACGCCAGCGGCUCGGUGGCAGCAGGAGGCCCCAUUAGCUAAAGUGGUACCUCAGGUUAAGAACAGUUUCAGGUUAAGAACAGACCUCUGGAACGAAUUAAGUUCUUAACCCAAGGUACCACUGUACAGUGGUACCUCCGCUUACGGAAACUUCGGGAUACGUAAGCAGCAAACCCGGAAGUAUUUUUCUGGGUUUUUGCCGUGUGUGUGCAGAAGCGGUCUCUUCAGUUGUGAAAACCUCAGGAUCCAGCCAUACCUCUGGAACGGAUCCUGUCCACAACCAGAGGUACCACUGUAUAGUUGAACACUAAAGGCUGCAGGCAUAAGGUGAAGUAAGGUGGAGGUGGUUUAAUCAUCAGAUUCAAAGCGCUCAUUGACUUGAGCAAUGUUGUGGAACUCUCCGCUUUGACAUUUGUUGUGUAGUGGAAAACUAUAACCAGGCAAUAAGUAGCAAAGCAAGAAAAUGAUUUAUUCUUGUAAAGACUGAUGUCUCAUUCACCUCAUGGUGCAGAAAUAGCCAGGUUAAGCAGAUACUUUCAUAGUUCUCUACAAGCAGCCUGAUAGCUGCGCCACUUAUUCUAGCAGCCCCCAUUUCACCCCAUGGCAAAUGUCCUCACCCCCCAACUUGUAGUAGUUAUAAGUAACCUUACCUAUGCAUUCAGGGGACUUUCCAUUACUCCUCUCUGCUCCCACUUAGUUUUCCCUAACUUCUUUUGUUCUUCUAACUUGUCAUUAGCACAAUCUACUUAAUGCCUAGCUCACCCACAAGCUUGAUCUCUUACCUUGUGGUUAAGCAAGUGUCCUGAUGUUACCUGGAACAAGCUGUUCAGAGAUGCAACUGCUAGCAGCUUGCAAGCAAACAUUACUGCAUUUAGCCUAAGGUGCUUUCUUAAAACCAGAAAAGAAACUAUUGUUUCUGCUUUAGCUUAUUUCUCUUGACCAGAGUGCCUCCACUUCCCAACACAAUUCCAGCACAGCAGGCAGGGCAGAAGUGAGGGCUGGGAAACCAUCCUCAGUUCUUCCAUUUCCUUGCUGUUGUUGUUUUGUUGUUACCACUUCUACUGCCAUCACCACGUAACAUAUGGGCACCUUCCCUGCCCCCUGGCACCUGCUAAAGAUGGUCUUCUUUCAGCAAGCCUUUGAAAUGGAGAUCUUUAUCCCAGUUGACAUCUGCAUCAGAUUUGAACUGGUUUUAUGUGUGCACUUUUGUGUAUGUGCAUAUAUAUGUGUAUGUGUGUGUAUUGUUUUUUAUAUACAAGUGUGUGUGUAAAUUUUAAACAUAGGCUUCUGUUGUUGUUUAGUCAUUUAGUCAUGUCCGACUCUUUGUGACCCCAUGGACCAGAGCAUGCCAGGCACUCCUGUCUUCCACUGCCUCCCGCAGUUUGGUCAAACUCAUGCUGGUAGCUUCGAGAACACUGUCCAACCAUCUGGUCCUCUGUCGGCCCCUUCUCCUUCUUCAGGGUCUUUUCCAAGGAGUCUUCUCUUCUCAUGAGGUGGCCAAAGUAUUGGAGCCCCAGCUUCAGGAUCUGUCCUUCCAGUGAGCACUCAGGGCUGAUUUCCUUCAGAAUGGAUAGGUUUGAUCUUCUUGCAGUCCAUGGGACUCUCAAGAGUCUCCUCCAGCACCAUAAUUCAAAAGCAUCAAUUCUUCGGCGAUCAGCCUUCUUUAUGGUCCAGCUCUCACUUCCAUACAUCACUACUGGGAAAACCAUAGCUUUAACUAUACGGACCUUUGUUGGCAAGGUGAUGUCUCUGCUUUUUAAGAUGCUGUCUAGGUUUGUCAUUGCUUUUCUCCCAAGAAGCAGGCGUCUUUUAAUUUUGUGACUGCUGUCCCCAUCUGCAGUGAUCAUGGAACCCAAGAAAGUAAAAUCUCUCACUGCCUCCAUUUCUUCCCCUUCUAUUUGCCAGGAGGUGAUGGGUCCAGUGGCUAUGAUCUUAGUUUUUUUUAUGUUGAGCUUCAGACCAUAUUUUGCACUCUCCUCUUUCACCCUCAUUAAAAGGUUCUUUAAUUCCUCCUCACUUUCUGCCAUCAAGGUUGUGUCAUCUGCAUAUCUGAGGUUGUUGAUAUGCUUCUAUUAUAUUGCAAAAUGCUUCAGGAGUCCUCAUGGAAAGUGAUUCAUAAAUGACAACACAUUUUACCUCCUAAUGGAAGCAUGUCUAAAUUUCUUCCUGGUUUAGGGCUUGCCCAUUUUGUGGUCCACCCUGGCACAUUUCCCAAUUGCGCCCAGGACACACCUGUUAUUUGCCAUACAAAUGCUAGACUUGCAACAUUAGUUGGGCAAGGAGUACAGAAGCUUCAGUGAGGAACCUUACGUCACAUCUCUUCUCCAGUGUAGGAGUUCUGCCUCCAACUUUGAAGAGGAAUGUUUUCCCCCUUCCUAUGAUUCCUUCUUAGCAGACCACAGAAGUGUACUAUAAAUCACCAUUACUUAAAAUAAGAAACCAGGCAAUUUCCCAGUCACUGAUAGUGAUAAUCUGAGGAGUCCCUCCCGGGUUUUUUUCCUGCCAAGAAAGGCUUCUAAAGCACUAAACAUGUUAAUACAAGACCAAAUCAACAACUAGGCUUUGCUUAGCUGUGGGAUUUAAUUCAGGCAGAAAAGUAAACCAGCAGGCCCCAAGUCUAUUAAUAUAUUUCUGGCCUAACAACAGCCCAGCUUGUUCCAUCUGCCACCAAGAUCUAAAAAUUAAUGUCUUUUAAUUAAAGAGGGGACUGGAGGUCAGUAAGUAUUUCCUCCCAUUGAAGAAGUUGCCAGUCCCCAUGUGAGUUAUUUAGACAAAGCAUUGGGAGGGAGUCUAAGCUCAUUCACAUGAGAACAGACCUUGACUAAAUUACGCCGGCACAGAAUGAGGGAUAGGUUUGGGAGAUAAAGAGGCUAGCAAAAGUGGAACGCAAUCAUCUUCACUCAAACCCAAUGAACAUCUUUAAACAAGAAAAGGGGGUUGGUAUAUGAAAUAAAGGAAUAAUAAUGAGAAAACUCCCCAUAGGCUCUGCCUUUUUUUAAUGGGCUUCAUCAGAAAAGUCUCGCUAUCUAGAUAACACAUUCCCAUCCCAACUCGCUUCAGUAUUAUUUUAUGAAUCCGUCAUGUCUCUAAUGUCUAAAUUAGCAGCAUUUCAAACUUUACUUUCUAGUUACAGAAUAGAAUGCCAAUUUUCGCCUUAAAUUAUUUAUUCUUGCAUAAUGUACCAUUAAGCCUGCGGAAAGUGCCCUUUGCCACUGUGAAAUACGUUUUGAAAUGAUCUGACAAGAGAUGGCUUGAUUCUAGCCUUAUACCUUCAGUAAUCAUCUCUGGGUGAUAUUUUUUUCUCUUUCUAAAUGCCACAAAGCAGGUUCCUUUUGUAAAGUCUGUGACAGACUUGUAAUAAUUUUUCAGUUCAUCACACACACACAAAUGGGUGGGGGAUAUAUUUUGAAUAAAAGAAGUCAACUGACUGCACUUAAAAAAAAACCAAGCUCUUUAAAUAUAAACCACAUGCUAGAAAAUGAAAACAUUAAUGUGGGUCUAUGGCUAGUGUUUUCAGUUGAUGUUUUACAUUUUAUAAAUGCCAUCAUGAAAUUGAAGCUGUCCAUCUAAGGCUGUUUCAUCCAUGGUUAACAGCAUAAUCUCAUGGCCACUUCACUCAAUACAGUCAUCACAAAGAUAUAUUUUGAAACUGCCUCCGGCCAGGGAAAUUCAGAUGUGGAAACCUGUUUCCAGGAUUUCUGUCAUUCAUCUGGAACAAUUAUUGUGCUUGCCUUCAGAACAACCUUGGAAGAUACCUCUGUGUUACUCUUAUGGGGAUGCAGAAUAAGUUUGUAAUUGGGUAUGGUGAUGCUUCAGAAACAAAGUCCCCAAGUUCAGAAACAAACUGAUCUGGAUUCCUCUCAAAAUUUCACCUUGGUUCCUAAUGAACACCAGUAUGCUAUACACUCCAACAAUUUUCCAAUGAAAAUAGAGACAUUCUAUUCAAUUAUCUAUCUAUCUAUCUAUCUAUCUAUCUAUACCCCACCCAUCUGACUGGGCAGCUUCCAACAUAUAUAAAACAUAAUAAAACAUUAAAUAUUAAAGAACAUCACUAUACAGGGCUGCCUUCAGAUGUCUUCUAAAGGUUGUAUAGUUACUUAUCUCCUUGGCUUGGAGGUCACAUAACUCCAUACCGUUCAACAUUUCUACCAUGAAAAUGGGGACAUUCUAAUGAUGUCUAAACCACAGAGUCUAGGGCUUGCUGAUCAGAAGGUCGCCGGUUCGAAUCCCCGCAACGGGGUGAGCUCCCGUUGCUAGGUCCCCGCUCCUGCCAACCUAGCAGUUCAAAAGCAUGUCAAAGUGCAAGUAGAUAAAUAGGUACCGCUCCGGCAGGAAGGUAAACAGCAUUUCCAUGUGCUGCUCUGGUCCGCCAGAAGCAGCUUAGUCAUGCUGGCUACAUGACCCAGAAGCUGUAUGCCGGCUCCCUUGGCCAAUAAAGCGAGAUGAGUGCCACAGCCUCAGAGUCGUCCGCGACUGGACCUAACGGUCAGGGGUCCCUUUACCUUUAAGGAAAACUGGGACAUUCCAGGAUCAAAUCAGAAGCUGGGAUGACUUCUGUUAAUCCAGGACUGUCCAUGGAAGCAGGGACUGUCAUGAUAUUAUCAUGUCUAUUAAACAAUUGAGGCGUAGUGAUUGAGUAAUAGCAAAACAGUAAAACAGAGUACUUUGUUCAGCUGCAUAUGCAAGCCUCAUUAAUGUGACACCACAAGACAUACGAAUUACAGUACCCCUGGAGGCAUGCAAAUAGGAACUUGGUGACGGGCAGUGAUUAAAAUUGGCAGUAUUUUAAAGAGCCAUAUCCGCUGGGUAAGUGCAGCACUGUCAGGAGGAUUGAAAACAAUAACACUAUUUUCACAAAUGGUAAUCAGGUGGAGAUCGUGUAAGUUUAAUGAAAUGCGAACGGCAACUGGGUUUCUGUUACAAUAACAUGAUAAAAAAUGAACCAUCAAACUCCAUCCCUAACUUGAAAUGACAAAUGUUGAGCCCAGGCUCAGCACAACUGGUGAAAUACCUUUAAAAAACUGACCAUUAAAAUGGUCUGCCUAGGUCAAGCCACCCUAGUCUGUAGACUGAGAUUGCAACCAUGUGAGAUGCAGCCCUUAGCUUUUCUGUAUGGUUCAUCUCAAAGAUAUGUCACUUCAUGACUUCUUAUUGGCUGACACAAAGACUACCUGAAGUCUCCAGGUAUGUAUUCAGUGAAAGAACACCUGCAACAAUUGAGGCAAUGUGCUCUCUCUUAUGUUUCAGUCUCCCAGCAGACCCUCCAGAAGAAAACAGGAAAUACCGUAUUUUUUGCUCUAUAAGACUCACUUUUUCCCUCCUAAAAAUUAAGGGGAAAUGUGUGUGUGUCUUAUGGAGUGAAUGCAGGGGGCACAGCUAUCACAGAAGCCAGAACAGCAAGAGGGAUUGCUGCUUUCACUGUGCAGCGAUGCCUCUUGCUGUUCUGGCUUCUGAGAUUCAGAAUAUAUUUUUUCUUGUUUUCCUCCUCCAAAACCUAGGUGCGUCUUGUGGUCUGGUGCGUCUUAUAGAGCGAAAAAUACAGUGACUAUUUACAGGUUGGUCAACACCAUCAGUUUAGAACUCAUUAGCUGUGCUUCACCUUAAGGGUGUACCUUGAACCUGCAGGUUUGGUCUUCUCUUUCCUAUCCUUCCUCUGCCCCAACCUUCCCUAAAAAUAUACAGUCCCCGAAUCCAACUUGUCUGUUUGACCGUUCCUUGCUCCCUUAGUUUUUCCUCAUCUUUCCUGAGCUUUUUACAACUGGCUAUGCAGUCCACAUUAUGACUUAUCCCCAUUAUGGCACCUAUGUCACUCUGUUCCCGAUCCUUAAUAAAUAUGCUAAAUAACAAUAAACCUGUUUAUUGUGAAUAAGCCUGUUAAAUAACGGUGCCUGGAUUGACAUCUCAGAGCAAUCUGCACUUUUCUUGGCUGACUCUUAAGACCAUUAACACCAUCUAUUAAACAUUCAUGUGGGUCUUAGUGCUUAAUUCUUCUCUUUGAUUUUUAAAGCGGGCAGAGGAAAGGAAUCAAAGUGCCUGUGUUUAAUAAUGUCAACACUGCAGUGGUUCCAAUUACAUUCUGAAGUUGACAGUUAAUGCUGAAUUGAGAGCAGUGGUCUUUUAAUUAGGUGCCAUGUUCUAGGUUCACACGCUACUCUGUUAUCUCCUUCCCAGGGGAAUCAGCCAGGAUUUGUUGAAUUAGGGAUAAAAAGAUUCAAUAUCUUUAAUGGUGCAACUGAAAUGAAUUUUCCGCCAUGUAUCAUGAUGGCCACAGCAAAUCUUGGCGGCGGCACCUGCUACUUUGAAAUGCUAUACAGAGCUACAAUUUUGUUUUUAUGUUUUGCUCCAUUUAGAGGAGACUUCACUUCAGAGGAUCUUCAGAGGAGGGAUGACGGUCGUGGGGGAAUGAUUGGUUGGGAUGCAGGAGAGGGUUUUCUCUGUAGAUAUGUCCAAAGAGUGGAAUUCACUUUCCUAUGCAGUCUAGUCCCCCCCUUCUUCCUUGACUUUCUGCCAUGUGAUUAAGACACAUGGAAGAAGGUUUAGCAGACAUUUUCACUGUCAGGCAGAGUAGUUUUAAUAGGUUGUCCCAUAUAUAUAUACAGUGGUACCUCAGGUUAAGUACUUAAUUCGUUCCAGAGGUCCGUACUUAACCUGAAACUGUUCUUAACCUGAAGCACCACUUUAGCUAAUGGGGCCUCCUGCUGCUGCCACACCACCAGAGCCCGAUUUCUGUUCUCAUCCUGCAGCAAAGUUCUUAACCUGAAGCACUAUUUUUGGGUUAGCGGAGUCUGUAACCUGAAGCGUAUGUAACCAGAGGUACCACUGUAUACACACACACACACACACACACACACACACACACACACAGUGGUACCUCGGGUUAAGAACCAUUUUUAACCUGAGGUACCACUUUAGCUAAUGGGGCCUCCUGCUGCCGCCGUCCCACCGCCAUGCGAUUUCUGUUCUCAUCCUGAAGCAAAGUUCUUAACCCGAGGUACUAUUUCUGAGUUAGCGGACUCUGUUACCUGAAGCAUUUGUAACCUGAAGUACCACUGUAUAUGGAAAACCAACAGUACCAUAGAGCAAGUGAGGCCUAAUUGUCUCUUUCAGACUCAAGCUCCAACACUACCAGUCAUUCAUCCUCUUUCACACAGAGACCCCCUUUGAUGACAUCACUUCCAGCCAGGGAAUGGAGUGGGGAGAAUGACAUAUUGUCUUCCAGAAGGCUCUCCAACCAUUAGCUCCUAUGACAAUACUUCAUCUGUCUUUGGCCAUCAUGUUAGUUAUGCAAAGGCCCGUGAAAGGGACAUCCAUGAGCCUGUUUGUUAUACCAGUAUGACCUCUUUAGCCGUCUCUUUCUACAAUAAGAGUUUAGAGAGUUAGGAGCCAUCCAAACAUAGAUGAAAAUCUGCUCUAUUUUAAAAUCAUUUCAAAAUGCCUCCCUCCAAAAAAAAUGAUGAUGUUUAUUAUUAUUUUUUAAAAAGCAAAAACAAAACUUGAUUCUCCCUCCUUCAUUCCCCACGUAAGUUCAUUUUAGAUCAUUUUUGCCUGUGGACAAAGGCUCUUUUAAGGAAUAAAUUAGAAAUUAAGUUAGCCCUCUGAAAUUCUGAAAAUAGCCUGGGAAAACUCAGUUAAUCCUCAUAUUAAUGUAUUUUGGGAUCUGUGACUAAAUAUUGUAUUCUGGGAUAAUCUCAAUUGUGUGCCAACACUGAAUAUUGAAAUGCCUAAGCACUGGAACAGUAUCAACACAUUUUUGUUUCUUUUUCUACAUUGCUUUGCACAUUAAACAGAUUGAUUGCACAAACCUUUCCCAAAGACAGUGUGAAAACAGAGUGGUGGUUCUCAGCCAUAUAGCUGUGGACAGCAGCACAAUGCAAAGCCAAGAUUUUCGAGUAUGAGAGAGUUUAGAUUGGGUGGAUCUUGUGCUUUCCUGAUUUAUUCUAUGCCUAUGUAAGCCCCUCACCCUGAAUGAGCCAGAAAUAUGGUGGCAUAAGUUUCUGACCCUAGCUCAAUCAGGGCUCAGCUGGUGGAACUUAGGCUGGUGGAAUUUACACUGGUGUAAGUAGUCCAGCUCCUGCCAACCUAGCAGUUCAAAAGCACGCCAAAGUGCAAGUAGACAAAUAGGUACCGCUCCAGUGGGAAGGUAAAUGGCGUUUCCAUGUGCUGCUCUGGUUUCGCCAGAAGCGACUUAGUCAUGCUGGCCACAUGACCCAGAAAAACUGUCUGCGAAAGCGGACAAACGCCGGCUCCCUCGGCCUGUAAAGUGAGAUGAGCACCGCAACCCUGGAGUCAUUCACGACUGGACUUAACUGUCAGGGGUCCGUUACCUUUACCUUUUUAAGUAAUCCAAAGCAUUGUGUGGCAGGAGCGGGACAUUCAGGACCCUGGUAUUGGGUUAUGUUGGGAGGGGGCAUGGUCAGAGCAGGGCCAAGGUUUGUCUGUGCAACUCCACUACCUUGGAUAAAGGGCAGCAUAUAAAUAAAAUGGGACACAGGUGGCGCUGUGGGUUAAACCACAGAGCCUAGGACUUGCCAAUCAGAAGGUCGGCGCUUCGAAUCCCCGCGACGGGGUGAGCUCCCGUUGCUCGGUCCCUGCUCCUGCGAACCUAGCAGUUCGAAAGCACCUCAAAGUGCAAGUAGAUAAAUAGGUACCGCUCUGGCGGGAAGAUAAACGACAUUUCCGUGUGCUGCUCUGGUUCGCCAGAAGCGGCUUAGUCAUGCUGGCCACAUGACCCGGAAGCUGUACGCCAGCUCCCUUGGCCAAUAAAGCGAGAUGAGCGCUGCAACCCCAGAGUCGGUCACAACUGGAACUUGUGGUCAGGGGUCCCUUUACCUUUACCUUUUAUAAAUAAAAUAGAUGAAUAAAUACCUCCAACACACCUUCUUCCAAUGUAUGUUGGGAUUCAGCUCCCCCAAAAAACUGCUCAAGUGAUGGACAAAGCUGAAGAGGCCUGGAACAAGAUCUGUUCUCAAAAGAGAAACCUCACAACUCCAAACUGGAGGCUUCGCUUUGAGUGAAAUUUUGUUGUUGCUGUUUAGUCGUUUAGUCGUGUCCGACUCUUCGUGACCCCAUGGACCAGAGCACGCCAGGCCCUCCUGUCUUCCACUGCCUCUCGCAGUUUAGCCAAACAAUUUCACAGAAAGCAAGCAGAAGUUGGAUAAGACAAUGAGCAUUUUGCAGAGGGGUUCUCUGAGGCUCUAAAUACAGUCACGACUUUUCAGCAUUCCACUGGGGUUUUGUACGGCUGUCACCAAUGCAUUUGUUUAAUUCAUUACUUCUAUCUGACAUUAUUACAGUGUGUUCUUGAGAUAAUAUGCUACUACUGAUCCUUCUUUUGCCCUGCAAUAGCAUUUUUUUUUUAAAAAAGACUUGUGUGGAAAUUCAAGGGGGAUUUUGUCCUAUUUCAGUCAGGCAGCACAAGGCAACUCAGAAAGCCAUGCUAAUUAAGUUUUCUGCCACUGUUUUAGACCUAGCUCCCAAUACACACCCAAAAUAAAUCUUAAAGCCUUGCUAAAAUCUCUGUGGUCACUGAUCGGGUCAGUUAGAUGUGUGUAGAAUGAAGGCCUAAAAUAGCAACUACGUAUAUCAACGAGGUCAGAGGCUGUAUUCACAUAUUAGCAUUCAUAGAAGAACCAGUAUUAGAUGACAUGAUGAUGUGGCGGUGCUACUGACAGCUGAGUCACUGCUGCUGACCCGGAAGCAGAUGGGGAGUGAGGAGGCAGCAGGGAAGUCAGGAUGGUGCAAACACACUGGUAGAGCCAAUCUGGUGGCCUGCAGUGUGUUUUCACUAUGUUGAGCUCCUUGCUAUCUAAACCUCCCCGCUCUCAUUCCUGGUCAGCAGCAGUGACUCAGCUGUCAGGAGGUCAGGUGAAUGCCACACCAUGCCUUCUGCUACUGAGAAUAAUCAAUCUAGUUUAUAGUCACACAUCCACCAAAAAAUGCCAGCCCAACAAUUCAUCUUUCUUUCUUUCUUUUCUUUCUGUUACCUCGGAUGCCUAAUGAUGUUUUAGGACAAAGAUGACAUAGUUAGAGCGUAGAAGUUUUGUGACAUAAAGAAAGAAAAUGCUUUGGAAGUGAGUUUGUUAUUAUCUUUUAAGCCAAAUGAAGUAUAGCUUCACAUUAACAUGUUUCUCUGCCGCAGAAGAGAAAUGAGUUUGCUUGCUUUUAAUAACUUAUCAUGGCAAAGAAAUAGAGUGAAGUUAAAAAAAAAGAACUUGUGUUAAGGCAGUGUAAAUUAGCAUGGUGGUCCCCUGCUUUUGUAAAGUAAAAAAUAAAAACGAGCCAGUUCCCACAUGUCAUCGUUAAAUAGCGAUAUUUCAAUGCAGUGAAAGAAAGCAAAACACUUGAAUAUCAAUUGAGUCCUAACUGUUGCAAGCACAGUGCAGACGAUAUGUAGUCAGUCCCACUUAAUGGCAGUUACAGAAACAAGCAAAGAAUAUUAUGGUGGGGUGUCUGAAGAAUGACAUUGGCAAGAAAUCAAAGGAUCGUGUGAGAAUUUAACAAAGUAUCAAGUAUUAUUAUGGGUGUCAAGUUGACUGACGUCCACAUAAGGUGCUGCCCACUAAUAGGAAAAAUGGAUCUAGGUGAAGUACAGCACAACAAAAAGUCCCAGGUAAAUCUACUUACUGUUUUGUAUGCCUUCUGACGCCAACAAUAGGCUUAACCCAGUGUAAAGAUGCAAUCAUGAAGCAUUGAACAUGAUUUGAAGCCAGCCAGGUGGAAUGUAUUAACGUUGUGGACUAGUUAUUAUGACAUACCAUAAAACUGUCCCAAGUAGUUUUGCUUUCCUGAGGGAAAUAAAGUAUGACCUGGAUAUCUCAGAAUUAGUAUCCCUCCAGUUACACUUGGGUCAUAAAUUACUACCCAAACCUUUCUUUUAAAAACAGUGCUAGAAAUUGUCUUGAGUUGUAUUUCAGGAGGUAGAGCAGCUGGAAGGCUUUGCGCCUCCAUGCAUAACACCUGCCAGAUCAAGUUGCCAGAUGUUAUUUUUGCAACAUAUUUCCCCCGCACAGUUGGACGGAGGUUUGCUGGGUUUUGUUUUCUUCCAGUUGGCAUUAGCUUGUCGGCAUUGCAACCUGCAAUUUUAUCAUAACACUCUUCAUGUAGCUUUGGAAGGAGCUGCAGCAGAGCCCGGAGCAACCACCCUAGAACAAGGGAUCCCCAAGUCCCAUUUAGUUUUUGUAGCACUUGCAAAAUAUUGUAUUGCAUUCACAAGAGAAACACCUACCAACAGCUCAUGAUGGAGAGAAAAACAGAAGGUAUGUCUGCGCAUACGUGUAUGGGGUGGCCAAUGUGGUGCCAUUUAUAACAACAACAACAACAACAGUAGUAAUAGUAAUAACAAUGAUGAUGAUGCUGGUGGCACUGUGGUCUAAACCACUGAGCCUCUUGGGCUUGCUAAUCAGAAGGUUGGUGGUUCAAAUUCCUUGACGGGGUGAGCUUACAUUGCUCUCUCCCAGCUCCUGCCAACCUAGCAGUUUGAAAGCAUGCCAGUGCAAGUAGAUAAAUAGGUACUGCUGCCACCGGAAGGUAAACGGUGUUUCCGUGCACUCUGGUUUCUGUCACGGUUUUCCAUUGCACCAGAAGUGGUUUAGUCAUUCUGGCCACAUGACUUGGAAAGCUGUCUGUGGACAAAUGCCGGCUCCCUCGGCUGAAAGUGAGAUGAGUGCCGCAACCCCAUAAUCACCUUUGACUGGACUUAAUCAUCCAGGGAUCCUUUAUCUUUACCUUUACCAUCUUUAAUAACAUGAUCCUAUGUCUGUCUGUUCAGAAGUCUCCUUGAGUUUAGAGAGCGUUAUUGCCAGCUAAGUGUGUUUAAGAGUGCAGUGUAAAUAUCCUGUCUCUGUGGAGUUGGUUCCCUCCAACAGAUAGCUGAAGAGCGAAAAGUCAAGGGAUUCUGCAAAGAACUCCACAACCUUUUAUGGAGGAGACGGGACUCUAGUUUCAGUUUCAGUCCUGGGAUUCAUGAAAUAAACCAUGGGUAGGCAAACUAAGGCCCGGGGCCCGGAUCCGGCCCAAUUGCCUUCUAAAUCCGGCCCGUGGAUGGUCCGGGAAUCAGCAUGUUUUCACAUGAGUAGAAUGUGUCCUUUUAUUUAAAAUGCAUUUCUGGGUUAUUUGUGGGGCAUAGGAAUUCGUUCAUCCCCCCAAAAAAAUAUAGUCCGGCCCCCCACAAGGUCUUAGGGACAGUGGACCGGCCCCCUGUUGAAAAAGUUUGCUGACCCCUGAAAUAAACCAUGGUACGAUGUACCCCUGGUGGGGGCAGAGAAUUUGCCCGCAGUGUUUCAGGUCCUUAAAAGGGGUAUAAAUAUAACUUUGCAACAAAUAUACAGAAUUAAAUGGCCACCUUUUUUUUAAAAAAAAGGGUAUUCUAUCCAGUUAUGGCCAGAGAACUUUGCUUCAGUAUGGGGGCAUGUGGCUAGCUUGCAAUCCCAAGGCUACUCAACUAGGUCAGGGGGGCUCUCAGAGAUUCUUUUUAAACUCGGUGACACCCACAUUUUAGCAUCAAACUUUAGAUGUCUUCAGAUGAAUGCAGGAAAUGUGGACUGGGGCAGGGGUGCUCAAGCAGGAUCCACCCCUUAUGUCGUGAUCUACACCGCAUGCACAAGCAUGAACACAUCAGUCCUCAUCCUCUCCAGUGUUGAGUAAACACCUUGCAGACCAUUCUUGCACAACACAAGAAAGGUCAGGGACACGCAGCGCAAAUGAGGGGAGGUCUGCAGGCAGCUUCUAUUUACAUUCACAUAAAAGAGAGUAGAGCUCUCUACAUAUGGAAGGAAACACGUGUGGUUGCCCUGCAGACCUUUCCAGCACCACACAGGAAAGGUCACAAACUGAGGCAGAUGCAACACCUAAGAGGAUGUUGUGGGUUCGGCUUGCAUCUGUACCCCUGUCCCCACCCACACGUUCACUGUUCAUGCGUAAAAUUUAGAGCAUGAAAUUGCUCUAAAUUUGCACAUUAGCCCUUCCCAUAAAUACAUCACUUUAAUCCCUAUGGAUUUAUCAUUUAGGCUAAGUUUAACUGAAGCUAAUAUGGGCCAAAUAUGAUACAACAUAAAAUGCAUCCUUGUUUUUAACAUUCAAGUUUUUGAAAAGACAGAGAGCACUAGCUGAUAAUUAUGAGGCUCACAGUGGGUGUGGAGGAGUAAAUUAACCAGGGUUGCCAGAAUAUGGCAGUUGAAAACAGUGUCUGGGCCGGAAAUCACUGAAAUAACUGGGGAAAUCCAGGCGUAUGGCAACCCAAAACUACAAAAAAGCUGAAGAACUUUGUGUCCCCCCCCCAAAAAAAGAAACCCUAAAAUUAACCUUUUCUGUUCCAGGUGUGGUCCCUGAGGUAAACUGUUCCUCUGAAGCUGGUUAUUUGCCUUGGAAGAAAAUCCUCUGCUGGUACCAACAAGGGAUUUGCUUUCAGUGCAAAUUCCAGCUGCAGGGGAGCAAUUUCCUUCAGGAUCGCAACAGGGGAGGAAUGGAUUAAAUUCUCCUACCACACUUGUUCUGAUCCCAACAGAGAUAAGCUUCUCAGCUGAUGCCAUUUGCAUCUUCAUGUUGUUAGCUGCUCUGAGCCCAGCUUCGGCUGGGGAGGGCGGGAUAUAAAUAAUUUAUUAUUAUUAUUAUUAUUCAUCAAUCUGCACAGUUAAAUGCAAAAUUGCAGUUAGUGCUAAGGCCAAAUUGGCCUUCAGACUUAGCAGCCACCAGCAGAGCUACCUGUGGAUUGGAAAGCUGAACCUGAGUGAAACUUCCCCAGUGCCAGAAUGAUUGCAGAGCUAAGGAAAUCUUAUCUUGUACUUUCCUGGGUCUGUACAGGUUAAACAGAGUAGAAAAACCAACAGUCUGGAAAUGAUAGAUGCCAAAAGAAACGUGAUGUGUUCUUUUUGUCCUUUGCUGUCCUGUCCUCCCCCACCCUCACUUCCUUUUAUCCUCAAUUUUCAGUCAAUUGACUUGAACUUCUUUCUGUCAGUUACAAACCGCUUUAUCUGUUUGUGAUCUCUCUUGCUUAGUAAAUUAAAAGAUAAUUUGUUCCACAAGACUGUUUUCACUGCACUAUUUCUGUAUUUUCUCCUUUGGCCACUCCUGGGGCCGUUAAACACCAACUAGAUACAUGACAAGGGAUCAUUAGAAGGUGCUUUUAUGAUUGAGUUUGUGAUCUUCCAAGAAACUGUCUUUGCAGCGUUAGGAAACCACUUAUCAUUGAAUGAAUAUCGCUGUCCUCAAAUUAAUAAGAAAUAUGAGUAAGCAGAGCCUACACAUACGCACACACACACACGUCACAUCAACCUUGUAAAAUAUAGUUUUGGGUUUCCCCCCUUUAUUUUCCCUUCUACGUGGGUUCUGUUUCUCUUUUUCUUUCUCUCUCUUUUAUUUACAUCUCACCGUGUUUAAUGAACAUAUAAUUAUGUACUUUUUGAAUUUUCAAGUGUUUUUUUAAAAAAAACAUUAUUUGUGGUUUGUUUGUUUUCUAUACUGCCCUAUACCCAAAGGUCUCAGGGUGGUUCAGAUUGUUCUGUCAACUCAACUGACACCCCUCCCCCCAAUAGUGGAUCAAUACUUGCUUAGUGAAUUGCCCCAGCAAUUGUGAAUUAUACCCAGUCUUGGUACAAGCAGAGGUCCUUGUAGAAUUGCUUUAUUCUGCCUCCAAGACCCAUUUGCAAGUGCUUCCUUUAACCCACAGUUUGGCCCCUUCUUGUAACCAAUUCACAUAACAAGUGGGAGUGAAGUGGGCUCAGGAAAAGCUGAGGUGUGACGGGCGGGCCUUGGGUCAGCCUCCUGGAGAUGCAGAAGCCAACCAUAGCUGGGUGGUGCAACAUCCAAUUAGAGUGGAGAAUUUCAAGUUAAACUGUCAAACAGGGCUUGACUGCCAGAUAGGGAUUAAAUUAGAGCCUGGAAAGAAGUUUGGUUAGGAGUUAGCUAGGCAAGGCAACCCAAAUUAUUUCCUUGAGGGGAUGGAAAAGAUCUUAAGUACUUAGAAGCGGUCUGUCUAGUCUAGCUCAAGGUUUUCCAUAAAACUUAGAUAUACAGGCUUGACUCUGCACAUCAAUAAUUACACAUUCAGAUACUCCUUUAAUCAUGGGUAAUGUGUUCCUUGAUUAACUAAUAUUGCCAAAUAUUGGUUAAUGAAUGCAUACAUCAUUAACAAGAUGGAGAGUCUGUACUUGAAGUCUAUUGGGAAGCAGCUCAGCAGGUUGCAAAACAGCAUCUUCAGCAAUCAACCUUGACCUGAAGUUUGAGCACUUAUUAGUUGCCAUGACAAUAAGAGCACUACGAUGAUAGGAAAGAGAAAUUAGCUAGAUUCCAUUUAAAAUUACUCCAGGAGAGGCAAUGUUUGGGAGAAGAUUUAUAGAGCAGGCAAAGAUGGAUAGCGCUUGCUUUUGUUAGAGCUCAGUGUUUUGAAAAAUCAGUCUGUAUGAUGAAUGUGAGUUUCUUAUUAUCUAAUAUAGUUUUAUCUAACUUUGUAUUUGCCAGAAGAGUCACAUGAUGGAUUGAAAAAAUGUUGUGUUUUUUUUUAAAAAAUGUACCCCCGAGUAGUAAAAUCACAUAUCAAUCAAAUUAAAUGUGAAUUCUCCCCAGCUCCUGGUAAGGGGAAAAAAUAUAAGAAAUUGUAAGGAAAAAAGACAAAGAAUAAUCUUUAAGAAAGCCAAGGGAGAUUAAAGUAUGAAUGCUGCUGGAAAUAAAGUAUUUCUUCUAAGGGAACGAUGAAAGUAAGGGUUACUUAGUCUACAUAAGAUACUACUUCAUGCCAAGAUGGAAUAAACAAUGCAAAAUUGUUUACACAGACUAG